UGAGCAUGGAUAAAAUAUUUUAAUGAAUUGCAGUAAUCAGUGGGGUUUUUCUUCUUCUCUUCUUCCUUUCUUGCCCUAGAGGAAAAGGAGAGAAAUAAACCACUCCCUUCUGAAGUAUUUAAAGUUAGAAAAAGAAGAAGAAGAAGAAAGGGGGGAGGAAAAAACCACCCCUAUUCUUUUUUUUCUUCUCUUGUGCUAGUAAAGCAGACACAGACACACACAAAAGUCAUGGUCUUACUAGUAUGGAACUAGUUAACCUUUAACAAUUUUAUGCUGAUGUCAUAACUGAGCAUGAGUACUGAUUAAUCCAACCUUUUCUCUCUCUCUCUUCCCCCCUCCCUGUAAAAAAUAUUUUUAUUGAGGGAGGUGGGGGGGAGAGCAUAAGAAAAAAAGAAAUAAUUUAGAGCAGCCAUCUUUGUUUUAUGCAGAAAUCUUGUCAGUUUCCCCCCAGUGCCAGGAAUGUCUAAAUAUUGUUCAUGAUCACAGAUCUUGGAGAUUGAAAAGAAAAUAUAACAGCAAGAAGAAAAAGCCUUUAUCUUUAUUAUCAUUUUCGUUUUCUUGCAUGUUUUUUCCCCCUCUUAAAUUUGGAGCUGAUUUUUUUUUUGAAAGGGGGGAGAUCUUUUUAACCCUAUGGAAGAGGGGGUUAAAAUUAAGCCAGCCAUUUUGUUUUUUGUUUUUUAUAUAGGGGGGGCCCUAUAUAUUUUUUACCUCCUGGGGGGGUCUGUUUAAAAAAUAAUUUAAGGGCGGCCAUUUUUGUUUCUUGGUCUUGUGGAAAAUAUUAUCCUGAACUCCCCCCUCAGAAUUUAAAUAUAUCUUUACUCCCCCCUUCGUUUUUUUUUAAUUUUUUUUUUUUAAAGAAGGGGGUCGAGGAAACAUUUCCAGGAAGGACAAAGUUGUAAAGAAGGAGAGUUGUUUUCAUUCAUGGGACUUUUUUUAUUUUUUUUAAACUGAGGUGAUCUGAAGUGGGGGAGAGCUUUUUGUGUGUGAGAGAGGGAGAGAGGGAAGGGGGGUUGCCCCCCCUUCUGCUUUUCUCUUGUGUUUCCCCCACCCCCCUCCUCCAGCACCACCAUGGCUUCCCCUCUGAGGGAGGACGAGGAAGAGGAGGAGGAGAUGGUGGUGUCUGAGGUGGAGGGGGACGAAGACGAAGAGGAGGAAGAGGAGGAGGAAGAAGGAGCAGGGGACAACAGCCCAGGCGACAUAUUCCCGCCUGCUGUUCAGGCUGAGGAGGCUGCUCCACUGACACCGACAGCAUCCACGCCGGCGGCAGCUGAAGGGACAGAGGCGCCUCCAGGUAAACAACACCCCUCCCCCCCCCCAACCUCCCGGUCGCCCCUUUAAUUUGACCCCUCAGGAGAUUCGGCGCUAUAUUAACCACCACAAAAAAAUUAGAAAUCUGCCCCGCCGCCUUCGGAACUGGCGGGAGGGCGGUGGAUGUGGGGGGGGGAAGAGGGGAGGGCAGCUUGUUUGUAAACAACUAACGGCUUUCGAACGCCGAGGGCUCGGGAGUUCCAACCCGCCGCCCUCCUCGCGCCAACUGCCCUUCCCGCGAACCGCCGUUCCGCGCGCGCGCUGCCCAACGGCUUUGGAAUGUUGAGGGACCCGGAGUUCCACCCCCCUUUCUUUUUUAGCCUCUCCUCCCCUCGGCCCGUUGCCCUUCGCUGCAAUGCCUCACCCGGCGCCGACUGCCCCUUGCCCGGCGGCCUUUGGGAACCUUUCCGAUGGCGGGGGUGGGGGUGGGGUCGGGGGUCCACGUCCGAGCCAGCCUCCCCUCCCCCCCCCCCGCCGCCGCCGCCGCCGCCGGCCAAACGGCUCGAGCGGCCGCCGAGAGUCCCAGUCUGCCUCGAAGGAGGCUGAGGAGAGCGCGUGGGGCUUGGGAGACCAGCGGGGCUGAGGUGUGGGGAGGGGGCUCUUGUUUCAAAUCACCCCUAUUUCAUAAUAAUAAUAUUCGACGCUUUCUGAAAGUUGUUGGGGAGCCCUGGCCCCCCUUAUUUGACACCCCGUCUCGGCUUUCCUCAGGGUGUGUGUGUGGGGGGGGAGGGGUGGUUUGUUUUGUAAACAGCCUCACCCUCUUCCCGUCCUCGACUUGGUUUUUUUUGGGGGGGGGCGGUUAUCUGCAAGCACACCCUCAUGUAUACAAAUAAAUAAGAGAGAGAGAUACUGCUCCCAUGAAUUGUUGUGAAAAGGACCCCCACUUUUUUUAACCUGAUCCCCCUGUUUUUAGGGGGGGUUAGUGGGUGGGCACCCCAUCUCUGGAGAAUGGGAACCAUGCCAGUGUCACAUGAGGGAAUAAGCCCCAAACUCCCUCGUCCUCUUUGGGCCUGAGCAGCGAGAAGUUGUGGCAAAUGCAACUUUUGGGGGGGGGGGUACAUAUGCACUGAGAGUGUUUAUUCUUACGGUUGGCAGGAAGGGUUAUAAGCCUGGCACAGGUGGCUGAAAGGGCCGUGCUUUUCGGGUAAAUGGGGUUGGGGGUGACGCCUUGUGAUUUGGGGGUAGGGAAUGUGAGGUGAGGCACAUGUCAGAAAAGCGUGCCCUAGAGGUGAUGGGAGCAGCUGGCUACUUGGUGGCCAUAUGCCAGUUUUGACAGGAGCAGAGAGGGCUGCCUGACAGCAGGGCAACAGGACUGAAGGGAGCGGAGAGGCCUGUGUUUGGGGAUUAUGAGAGGCAGGAGCCUCUAUGUAGUGGGGCCAGUGUCAGGAUUGGAACAGGAGGCCUCUGUCGUUGAGGGAGUGGGCUUGGCAGACUUAUGGUACUUGGGAUGAAGAUUUAGAAACUGCAGGGGCAGAACACUUUCUGCGAAACCCGAUUGGAACAAGGCCGAUGUUUCAUUGAUCGGGACCUAUUGUUCAUAGUAUUACAGGCCCAUUGAUUGGAAUUGGGUGGUCAUGGGAAAGGGACUCUGGAUUCUGUGUGUGGAUCAGGAGCCAUUGUUGCCUUUUGAUCUUACAGUCAGUCAUAAUAAUAGUUAUUCAGCCCCUGCAUGUGUUUUUUAUUAUUAUUACAAAAAUCAAUAAAAACAGGCCCAAACCACAGAUGAUCAUUCUAAGAAAGAUGAAUAAAAACGGAAGGUGAAGCACAUACAGGAGAACAGUAAGGCCCAAUCCAUGUGACAGGAAAGGUGGUUGGACCAUUAAGCAGGUCUAGACAUUGAGGGUUGCGUUUCGAAAUGCAAGUUGGGUAACUUUGAGGCCAAAUUGGUGAUGUCAGGAGUCUAGCUCAUAUAAGGCAGUAUAUAUGGGGGUAAUUCCUCUUGCAUUUUUAAAGGCCUAGACAGACUUGCCAAGACACAUUCAGAUAGCCCACGUAGUGGCUAGCAAGAGAUACUUAAACAUUAAAAACUAUCACAACACUAAAAGGGUAAAGGACCCCGUCAGUUAAGUCCAGCCGCGAAUGACUCUGGGGUUGCGGCGCACAUCUCGCUUUACUGGCUGAGGGAGCUGGUGUUUGUCCACAGACAGUAUUUCCGGGUCAUGUGGCCAGCAUGUCUAAGCCGCUUCUGGCACACGGAAACGCCGUUUACCUUCCCGCCGGAUUGGUACCUAUUUAUCUACUUGCACUUUGACGUGCUUUUGAACUGCUAGGUUGGCAGGAGCUGGGACCAAGCAACAGGAGCUCACCCCGCCGCGGGGAUUCGAACCGCAGACCUUCCGAUCGGCAAGCCCUAGGCUCAGUGGUUUAGACCACAGCGCCACCCCCACGUCCCAUCACAACACUAUGUCUUACUUAAACUGAUUAUCUGCCCCCUCUAAUUAUCGGUGACCCUCUGGUCCUCUCUUUCGGUAUUGUUAAGAAUAUCAGAUAAUUUACAGAUGAUGAAAUUACUGGUACAUGUGUUUAAACAAGGUAGGUUUGCUUGCUGGCUCGCUUGCUUCUGGUUUAAAUAUUAGUGCAGUAUGAGCAAAGUGAGAAACAAAAUGGCUUUCUGUCAUACAAAGUUUACAAUUUAUUAUGCUAUGAUAACUUGCACAGGAAAUGCUUCUUUAGGGUUCAUUUCUGCUGACACUGACAGACAAUGGCAGUGACUUGUUUUAUGGAGCAUAGUUAAUUCAAAAAGUGCUACCCUGUAUCUUGCAGGAACAGGUAACAGUGUAAGCACAGGCUGGAUAUGAGUGUGCACAAGAAGUUCCUAAAUACUUGAUAUGGUUAUCUCACAAGUUGAUGGACCCUUUCCACACUCUGACUGUGGCUGAGCAUAUUGACCUUGCAGCACCUGCAGUUUUGCCAUUUCUAAGAAAAACUAGUUGUACGUACCGGCUUUCCAGAGUGAUAGAAAAAUGGGCGAUUUGAUCCUUGUAGAAAGGGUGCUACCUAUCAACCUUUCUUUGAUUUAAUUAGAUUGUGGACCUUCCAGCAACAGUUCCUGCUACUUUAUGAAUUAACUUUACCUGUCUCAAGCCCACACAAAGAGCUAUAACCCUAGGUGUAAAAUAAUUUCUCAUUGAAAACAACAACUGCAUUUCUGAGUAUUCUUGGGAAAGGCCAGCUCCCCCCAUUCUGUGGUUGGCUAAUGUACAGCAUAUAUCUUGACAGUGGAACAGCUACUUUGGUAAUGGGAAACUGUAUCAGGCUGGAGGUCCCUCAGCUGGCCAGAAGCUUUUUUUUUGGCAGUAGAUAUUUCAUCACAAGCCAGUGCUGCUUGAAGCAGUGUGACAGAUGUUGCCUGUGAUUUCAUCAGGAAUCUGUGUGAGCUCCUGGGCUCAAAAUCUAGAGGGUAAUUUUCCUCCUAUGAUGGAACACCACAACAAAAAGGCAUGUGGACUAGAAUAUUGCAAACUGGAUAUUGCUCCUAUUGCCUGUAGGAGGAAACUUUUCAGCCUUUAUCUAUGAUGAGGUUUUUUGUUUAUAGUUGUUUAUACUUUGCACAACUCUGCAAAUUCACAGGGAGAUCAAACUUCAUAAUCUCUGCACUGGGCAUAGUAAUGGAAGGGCUUGUGGUUCCAAGGAUGGUAAGAGCAGUUACCAGGUCCAUAGUGGAAUCUCAUUCCAGUUGACUUGCAAAAAAGUUGUACUUGACAAUGCUUUAAUUCUCCAAGAAUGUAGGUGGAUUUUAAAGAAAUGCUUUGACACGACAGCAAUCUAGGUAUUGGCUCCAUGGAAAUGAAUGUUGCUUGUACAGUUGCACAAGAUAGAGUGGAAGGUGGGAGAAUGCAGGAAAGCAAAGGGAAGGGAAGGCCCAGAGAGUACAGAAGUGGGCUCAGGAGUAGAGCUUGGGGGAAUGAAGAAUCAUAGAAUCAUAGAGUUGGAAGAGACCACAAGGGGCAUCGAGUCCAACCCCCUGCCAAGCAGGAAACACCAUCAGAGCACUCCUGACAUAUGGUUGUCAAGAAGACCAUGCUGUAAUCAGGAAUGGACUCUGCAGGGAAGAAAGCCAGGAAAUAUAACACCCUGGGGCACCUGGGGUCAGAAGAAAGGAGAGUGUUGACCAAGAGCACAGUGCAAAGGCAACAGGGUGGUGGUGGUGGAUAUAACCUGAAGAACAGAGGGGUUUGGGAAGCACCAGGCUAGUCCACCAAUGCAAGGAGAGGUGCUAGAGGAAAGCAGAGAGACAAUACCAAAGUAUUAAAAGAAAUAUAAUGAAAUACCGGUAACUCAUUCAUUUUCAUGGGGUUCCACUUGCAGGCUACUUUUGAACCACUGGCUUCUAAUCCACAAGCAUUCCAUAUUUUGAUAAUUCUUGCUAUUAAACUGGUUCACCCUGUUUCACACUCCAACAAGGUAAUCCACCCCUUGCAAUGUAAGAAGGCCUAGGAAAUCUGGAAGGAAGCCUUGGUGCUCUGACCUCCCCCAACUUCAUUGGAGCACAUAUCUGUCAAUUGUGUGUGUGCCAGCAAUGCUUCUUGCCAGUUGGUGCCCUUCUAGUCUAGAUUUGUAGUGGUGUAACUGGCUAGAAGACAGUCAUCCUGUUUUCAGCCACUGGCUGAAGAUUACAGCUGGUUGUCAAGCUAUUUUUGAAAAUGUGAUGGCUUCAUUCUUGUUUCUUUCCUACAAUGCCCAACUCUUGAGAAAUCACAGUUUAGAAAACCCUGCCUCACUAUUAAUCCAGCAUUGCUUUUGGUGGACAAAUUGUAGAAUUGAGCCAUGCCCGUAAAUCUUUCCCCAUCUCACUGAAUAUGCUAUUUUCCCCUUGCCACCCUCAUCUCCGCAUGACUGUUUUUACCCUGAUGAUUAAGAUUUCUCACUAAUGGAAAAGGCUGUUAUUCUCCUCCAUUAACUGACACAGAUAAAAGGCGCUGUUCUUUUUUUUCUAAAUUGGCCAUCCAUUUUUAUUUUUUUUGUAUUAAAUUGAAAUACAUAAAUACCGUUUGUCGUGAAAGAGAUGACAAUUCUAAGCAGGGUUGGUCUUCUGUAAUUUGUAGUUAUGGCUACACAUCUACAUUCCUUAUCCCCCCUCCCCAUUUCCUUUCCAGAUCCUUUGUUAGCCUUAUAUAAUAUAUAUUUUCAAGGUAGGGAGUAGAAAUAUCACGUGUGUGGAAAAUUCUAGUUGAUUGCCUGCCAAAUAUAAGAAUCUUCUGCGCAUGUGUGCCAAUAUUAUGAUUAGGAAAGGGGGGGUGGAGGGGGAGAAGAAUGCGUGGAAGAAGUAGGAGGAAAAAAAGAUUGAUAGAUAGAUUAGAAAUUGACAAGAGUUGCGGGGGAGGGGGUGUCUGAUAAGCCUACCCUGAUGUAUUUCCCCCCCUCGUAUUUGUCAAUUCCAUCCCAUCAGAAGCAGAAGGAAGGCGGCGUGGUAUGAGGGAAAUGCAACAAGGUGAAUCAGCUUGCAGGAUUCAGAGAUAAAUGUUGUAUUGUCAGAAGGAGCUAGGAUUGUGCCAGAUGCAAAAAUAUAGCAAGCAGAGAAAAGGAGGGAGGAAUGGGAGGAGGUGGAAGAGGGGCGCCUGAAUGGUGGUUAUUGCACCAAUAUCCAUUAAUCUUAACAGCAUUUGUUAACUGAAGUGGGGUGGGGGAAGCGUUUGGAAGCGGUGGGGGUUUCGGCUUUAUUUGCAAGAUUGAAAAACAACACAAAAGUGCUUGGUUGACUCAGUGUGGGCAAUGAUUAUGUAGUAAUGUAUGUCCCGUGCCUGCUUUCCUCUGCCUGUAGUGGAUUAUCAGUCUCUUCUUGGUUAGUUAAACCUAGAUCUGCUUUUGCACCUGGUUUUAAUCUGAGACAUUAAAAUUAGGAGGUCUACUGGGGAAGAUGGGUAUUUUUAGACUGCAAUUUGAAAAGAGACUCAACCAGUCACUGGAUUGUCUUUGAAAUCUAGCAGGCAUGUGCCUGCAUUGUAUGAGCUGGCCGACCUCAGAUGGUUGAGAGGGUGAUGGGCAGAUCUGAGCUGGGAAGGUGGGAUUGAGCUGAUGAUGCCAACAUUUGUAUGUGAUUGCUUCCCCCACAGGCCUGAUUUAUCUCUCGGAGCAGCUCCCGUGACUAUUUUGAGUUUGGCACUGUUGUAAAUGGAGGCCGAGUUGGCAUGAGCAAGGAAGAUCUGGCUGGCCUGUAUUGUGGAUAUAAAAUUCUGUUGCUGGGUGGGUGGGGAGGAAGGGCUUGGAUUUGCACCACGUUUGAAGAGAAAAACGCAGGUUCUCUGUUUACCCACAAAGGGUGGACGCUGUGCUAUUCCCACGCACACGCUGACUUUCUCUGUAGUCAGUAUGUUUAAUCUUUGACCUGGAGGAACCCCCCUGCGGGGGCACAAGAGGGCAGUUUAGCUUCCUGCAGCCCCGUUUAGCCUGCGACCUCUCAGCAGAGCUGCUGGCGCAGUGAGCCAAUUAGUGCCAGCUGUGAUUUAUACAGUAGUUUGUGUCCUGUGGCUCAUAGGGUGGGGUGAUAGGAAAUGAGCAAAGAGGGGCCAGGACUUCAGAGCCUGACAACGCAUUGUGUUGUAGGUCACCCAAGAGACAUUGGGUGGCGGUGACUUCUGGCUCCCUGGCGUAAGUUGGAAGCUACUGCCUCUCUCUCUGUACUGGCUGUGCUCUUGAUGAUGUUCCCCUGUCUAGAUUGGAACUCAUUCAUCGCCCUGUUUCUAAAAAUAUCAGCAAAUGUUCCAGGCUACCUUGGUGGGCCAAAUCCUGUGCAGAUGUAUAAUUAGCAGUAGUUGGGGAAGGGCAGAGAACCUGUGAUGUUCCACAGUUGUUGCAAGAGCCCUUGGAGGGGAAUUAAUGCUAAAUAUGAAGGUGAAAUGUAAAGCUGCUACUGUACUACGUAUUGUAAUCUCUGUGAUACUUCUAGGCUGUGCGUUGCUUCAUAGACCUCAAGUCAUUGAUCGUCACAACAAUCUAUUGUUAAUAGGGGCCAACAUGAUGUGAUGAACAUGAGAAACACUGUUUCAGAUACCUGUUUAGUUGUGAAGCUCUCUGGGUGGCCUAGAGCUGUUUUACAAGUUAGGAGAAUGAGGUGCUAGAACUCUGGACUUGUACCAUUUGACUACAGGUGGGCGAUUAUAGUUCUGAACACUUUCCUAUGUAAUUAUCUAUGCAGAUUGUAAAUUAGCACAUCAGACCCUGCACUGAUUUUCCACGUUUCAAGGAAGUGUGUUUGGGGGUUGUUGGUUUUUUAUGUAUGGGAAUAUUCAAUAUAUGACCACUCACCUGCAGUCUAAAACAACUGCCUUGUCUUUAACUUCUGUUAUAGACUGGCUAGCCAGUUGAAAGGAAAAUACCGCAAUAUUGGUGCUAUUUAUAUAUACUGAGUAAUUUUUUCUCCUCAGUAAAAAUGGGCAAGUAGGAUUGUAGAAAAUAAUGUUAGCCUCCAGCUUAUCUGAAAAGAGAGAUCUAUAUCUUCUGAUAGCCCCUGCUAACGACAUCUUAAGGAACUGGUCCAAUAAUAAAUAAAGUGCCUAUUUUAAGUAUGACUAUUGAUACAGUGGGGGAUGCGGGUGGUGCUGUGGGUUAAACCACAGAGCCUAGAACUUGCCGAUCAGAAGGUCGGCGGUUCGAAUCCCCGCGACGGGGUGAGCUCCCAUUGCUCAGUCCCUGCUCCUGCCAACCUAGCAGUUCGAAAACACAUCAAAGUGCAAGUAGAUAAAUAGGUACCGCUCCGGUGGGAAGGUAAAUGGCGUUUCCGUGCGCUGCUCUGGUUUGCCAGAGGCGGCUUAGUCAUGCUGGCCACAUGACCCGGAAGCUGUACGCCGGCUCCCUCGGCCAAUAAAGCGAGAUGAGCGCCGCAACCCCAGAGUCGGUCACGACUGGACCUAAUGGUCAGGGGUCCCUUUAUCUUUUUAUUGAUACAGUGGCUUAUUUAUAUUAUUGGCUUAUCCGAGAUGUAGGCACAAGGACAAAUAUGGUCACUAUUCAGAGUACAAGACUGGAGGGAUGUAUUAGCUAAGGCAGCCUUUGCCAGCCUGGUGCCUUCUAGUUGCUGUUGGGACUGCAGUUCCCAUCAGGUGCUCCAGCCAUCAUUUUGAGAAUUGUAGUCCUACAACAUCUGGAGGGUACCAGAAAGCUGGGCAAAGAGAUCUAGUUUAAGUUGGCCCAACUGCUUACAGAGCAUAGACUAAUCAUGGAAAGAAUGCAAAGGGGAAGGGUUUCAGUUAUAUUAGGUGAAGGCAUUCACAAAGAGGCUACUGUGAUCUGGAGAGCAGUUGAGGUCUGUGACAGCAUAUGAAAGCAUGUGCCUGAGCAAGGAGAAUGACUUGAAGGGUGCUAUCUUUAGCAUAGGGGUAACCAGCCAGCAUGGUGUCUUCCAGAUUGUUGUUAAGCUACAACUCUCACAAUCCCUGGGCAUUUGCCGUGCUGGCUGGGGCUGAUGGGAGAUGUAGUCCAACAAUAUCUGAGUCACCAUGUUGGCUACCCCUUUUCUAGGACCUGCGGUUUGCUAAUAUCUGAGUUGCAGGUAGCCAAAAAUCAGUGUGAGAGAUGGAUUUGGAUAUUGUAAUUCCAGAAGACAAGUGGGGGAGAAUGUGGGUUAGAAAACUUCUCUGUACAACCUCAGCGAGAAUUAGAGCUUCUGUGCUGAGGUGCACAGGUCUUACCUCACAUUAGUGCGGUCAAGGCAUGUAGACAAGCAGCUACUGCCAUGAUGCUGGAGAGGCUGUUGGACGCUUUCCCUUUUCUUUUUAUAUCUCUGGUAGGACUGUCCUCUGGUGCAGGAGCUUUGGCCAAAGGUAUUUGGGGUCAUAUCUGAUGUUAUCCAGCAAGAGGUAGUUCUAGAUCUUUGGUUGGCAUUGCUCUCUGUGUUUGAGGGGUCUUGGUGAAUGGUGACUUCAUUAUUGGCAGCUGCACAUAUAGAGGUGGCACAGCACUGGAUGACCAGGUCAGGCUGUAUGUUACAAGGAUGGUAUACACAUGUAUGGUAUCUCACCUUGUCUGAGUGCCGCUGGAAUAAGCAAAGAAGACAGCUUUUUGGGGUUUGGUACCCAUUCCUAUCUUAUGUAAAUAGGGGCAUGAAUGGAGUUCAUCUGCCAGGCUCUCAGAGAUUUAUCUGGAGUGAAUUAUUGAUAUAGAUCCCGUAUUUUUCCAUGUAUAAGAUGAGUUUUUUUCCUUUAAAAAUUAUGUUAAAAAUUGGGGGUCGUUUUAUACACAGAUAGUGUAUAAAUGGGCGAUGGGUUGCAGCCGCGAGCAGGAGAUUGUCAGUGGCUAUUGGGUGGUUGAUUGGUGGCCGCAGCAAGGGCUGUUGUCGAUCGGCUGCCCCUGCGGCAAUUGGGUGGGCGAUUGGUGGCUUUUGCGAUUUUAAGCGUCAGUCAGUCAGCUGAGUGAUUUUUGGCAAACCCCCCACCAAAAAAAAGCUCAACAAUUGUGGGCAAUCCUGCCAAAAAAGCUUAACAACUCUACAACUCUUGACAACCUCCCCCCAUUUUCUUAAUUUGGAGUCCCAAAAAACAGGGGGCAUCUUAUACACGGCAGGGGGUUAUACAUGGAAAAAUACAGUAAAUACUACUAAAAGAGUUAGGCUUGAUGAGAGGUUAUCAUAGAAUCAAAGAAUUUGUAGCGUUGGAAUGACCCCAAGGGUCAUCUAGUCUAACCUCCUGCUAUGCAGAAAUCUCAACUAAAGCAUCCAUGACAGAGAGGCAUCCAGCCUCUGCUUAAAAACCUCCAAGGAAGGAAAGUCCACAACCUUCAGAGGGAGUCUGUUCCACUGUCAAACAGCUCUUACUGUCAGAAAGUUCUUCUUGAUGUUUAGUUGGAAUCUCCUUUCUUGUAACUUGGUGCCAUUGGUUCGGGUUCUACCUUCUGCAGCAGGAAAGAAAACUGCAAUGGGAAUAUGAAACUGAAACUUUAGAAUGCUUUAGAUCAGGCCUGGGAAGGGCACAAUUCUAAUUUGGAAUUGACCAUUAGGUCAUGCCCGCGGGUGCCCAUAAGGUAUUGGGCACAUGUAGAUACAUUUCUUCUUCACACAAAACAAUCUCUCCGCUCUAAUAGCAGCAGCUUGAUUUGGAUCAGUCUGAGUUCUCGUUCUCUUCCAACAAAAAAAAUUCUACAGCUGUCACGACCAGUCAUCAUAUGGUGAACCUUCUCACCACAUAUCUCAUGCCCAGAUGCACUGUGCCUUGCUUGGCCCUUUUGUGUCUCCCUGAAGCAUCAAGCCUCCUUGGAGUUUCUAGGAAAACAAACCCAUGUUGCAAGGGAAUACACUUUUUGUAAGCAGCAGCAACAGUACUCUUAUCAGAUGAAGCUUGUAGUCAGUUCAAUGCUGGUUGAAAGGGAGCAGGCGUGUGGCAGGGGUCUCCCCCAGCAAGACAUGUCUGCCUAUGUUUCCCUCUCCCCUGCCCUGCCUUUCCUCGUCUGGAAAUACUGGUGGGAGUCUGAGAGUAUUUUAAUAUGUGUCCCUGGUGUGCAGACAACUUAGGCCAGACUGUGAAGGAUAAAAGGAAGAACAGCUGGGUUGGCAGCUGUAGGAUAAAUUGAUUUUUAUGCAUUUGUUACAUUGUCCACCUUUUCUCCCCAAGGGACUUGGAGCAGUGUCCACAGAGGUUUCUCAGCAGUCUUGAAUCCAGGCUCUGGGCAGACACACCACCUUAUUUUCAGCAGGGCACCUAGCUGUGUUCCCUUUAGACCUUUACCUGGACUUGCAGUGGGGGAACUGAGGCUGAGACUUUGACCUGUAAUGAGGCCAGGCAAUGGACACAGGUUUUCCAAAGCUAAGCCAGUUCGCUGUAUCAUGGCUUUUGGAGUGGUGAUGCUCUGCAUAGCAGCAAGGGUUGCGGGAGUGGCUAUUGAGAGAAGUUGCUUGAGGUGUGAGCAGGAGCAGUAUAGGUUCAGGAGCAAUCCUGCAUAAUGAUACUUCUUAUACAGGACGUUUCAGAGUGCAAGAUACGUUACAGUUCAUAUUUCAUAUAUGCAUCAACCAGGCUCCAAGUAGGUUAGGCUGAGGCAUGUCCAAGGUCAUUCAUCCACUAAACCUCCUGGAUAUGUGAGGAUUUGAAUCUGGGAUGGAUAGAUGUUGCCUCUUACUUCCAGGGUUGGGCUUGGUGGACUUUCAGUCUCCUUCCACCUGUUUGUUUAUUUGUAGAUUUAUUUUUGUGGGUUGUACUUCAGGGAAAGGGUUCUCAAAAAUGUCUUCAGUCACUUCCUAACCACAAGAACUUGUUUGUUCAAUUUCAGUAGGAGACUCAUUUCAGAAGCCUGGAGCUGCAGCACUAACAGAGUCUGUGAUUCUCCCAUCUCAGGGGCCCUGAGCCUAGAUUUCAACCCAAUUCUUGGGAAGCGGAGUUGGUCAGUGUCAGAUGAAACACAAAGGCUUGCGUUGCUCAGGCUUGGAAGGGAUUUGGGCAAACGGUGACAGAACCUGACGUAUUGGUCCUUCUAGUUUAGGGAAAGGUUUUCUGAGCACUGACACUUAGUGGGGUUACGUCCCACAUUAAUCACAGCCAGGUUAGCAGCAAGGCUCUUCUGUCUCCUUCCCCGCCCGCCUUGUCUGGCAAGACAAGAGAAAUCGCUCAAGGGGGCAGAGUGGCUCUGGAGCGUCUAAUUACCACUGAGCCGGCUGUCCUGUGAUAUUAACGAGUCGGCGGCGUGUGUAGCCUCCGUGUGCGGCUCGCUGUAGAUAGAGCCUUCCUCUGUGCACCGAGGGGAGCAGGAGGUUGAAAAGCUGUCGGAGAAAACGCAGAGGAUUAAUGGUCCCUCCUCUGUCUUAAUAUACUGAAGUAAUUUCAGUUGAUGCCGGCGGAGUCGCUUCUGAUUUACAAGAAGUGUGAACGAGAGGGGAGUUGGCCCGGGUGACUCCUAUUAAGGAGUUAUGCCUCGUUGCUACACCUGCUGCAUAGUAGAGUGUCUAUGUCGGUGACAACCAGCCUUCAGCCAGCCUGCCUGGAGGAUUUUCUUUAAAUCCCUAGCCCACCCAGUUGGCUCCACUGUGCCUUGCAGUGCUACCAGGAAGCACUUGAGCAGUGACCAGUCCCAGGUCUCCCAUUCAUCUGCUGGGACUGAGGAUGCCUGUAAAGGAAGGGUGGUAGUGCUUUGGGAGGAGCAUCAGACAGCAGCUGCUGGAGGUGAGCUGGCAAGGCACCAAGACAUGGGGGUCCUUAGCCAUCGCAGACUGGAAUUAAGAGAAUUUGGAACAUCGGGCUGGGGAAGAAGCAGGAGGAGGGAGAGUGACCUGCAACUCCCAACCAUAUAAAGGGUUGCAUAAUCUCUUUUGAGGGUAGGAAAGUUGGCCGUGCCAGGUGCAGAGUAUUGGCAUUUGGCAUUUGCAACAGGACAGAAGGGAGGAGAUGAACUUGUAGGCAGCCCUCCAAUGAACAAAGGAGACCAACUUUAGGGUCAUUCAGACAGACGUGUCUUACUUUCAUCCUGUUUGCAUGCUUUGUUACGUACAAGGGUGCAUUUGCUCCUUCUCCAUCCCCUUGUGAGGAGGGGUGUGCUCGGUGCACUUAUGUAGAACUAAAUCAACCUUCCCCAUUCAGCAAUGGGAGGGUGGGUGAGGCUGUAGCCUCCGAAGUGCCCUUUCUUUGCCUGGCCUUGAAUUUCAACCCACAAGCUUUUUUUGUGGUGAGCCAUAUGCACUUGCAGCCUUUUGUGCCAAAAGGCGGGUCACCCGCUGCCUCCCCUCCUUACCCACUGCCCUUCUUCAUGGCUUCAAGUGUUUUGUGAAGCAAAAUGAGCCAAGGUUUUUGUGGAAGUCCCUUAGGGGGAUUGUCGUCUGUGCCCUGUGACCGUCUUGAGAGUGUUGGAACAGAUGGCUGCUCUUCUGACCAAGCAGGGUGGGGGUGGGGUGGGAGAGUGAAAGCAAAACAGUCAUAAUAGUAAAAAAUAGAAUCGUUCAAGCCUGUCUGGAUAAAGUUGACCACAGGGGUGAGGAGGACGAGAAGGAACUCCACCAGGGUUUCCAGCUUCCCCUAGCAUGGCUCUUUCAGCGCAGUGGUGAGACCUGCUGGCAGAGAGCACAGUGUGAGGAAUGGAGAGAGGAUAAUUGUUUCAGCAUGUGUGUGAGCUUGGAGCAGUGGCUGCCCAGAAGUAGCAAAGCACACAAGUGAUUUCCUUCUCUUUCUGUCUUUUUUCGUUGGUCUCAUUUCCCUCCCUCCCACCCCCUUUAUUUUCAGACGAAGAGGAGGAGGAGCUGCGCAACUUGGAGAGCCCCCUUGUUGUCAAGAAGAAGAAACGAGGGCCCAAAAAGCAGAAAGAGAACAAGCCGGGGAAGCCCAGGAAGCGCAAGAAAUUAGUAAGUUGCCUCCUUUUCUCCACUUUUGCACAUGUGUGCAUAUGUGUUAAUGGCAUUAGUGACUUGUUGCUUUUUGAAGGAGGUGGACGUAUGAUGGGGCAGUCGUGAUAGUGGCAAGACUGUCUUACUGGGGCCUGUGGGGAACCAAUUUGCAAUGGGGGGCAGGGUUCCUUGAUGCCUUGGCCAUUCUGGCCCCUUUAAGGCUAAAGAGUCCACUGGAAAGAAACAGCAAAGUUUGAUUUUGGACUGGGAUUCCCUGCCACCCACCCCCGGCUAUGCUAGCUAAUUGGUUCUUCAGCUUAUGUAGUCCUGGUAUGCAGAGAUGGAAUUCUGCAUUUGUUGAAGGCUAUGGUGGAUUAAUGGAGGGGCACAAAAGGCACACAUUUAACUGGGUGGGAGAGGUUCCUCAUAGGUUUGUUUUUUUUAAUCUCCCCUCUUCAUUUUGGAUGAAAAUGAGUUGUUUGCGUAAUAUCCCUAGUUUUCCCAUGCACCAGUCACAUAAGUUUUUGGGCCUCCCUGUCAGUGGGCUGCACCUCCCUGGGGGCUCUCGCUUUGUAACGGAAGGUUUUCUGCCUCAGGCAUUCUGCUGCUGAAUCAUCUCUUCAAGGUUUACUGUUUGUUUUGUGGGUUGACAGUAACUGCAGGCUGGUUAUUUUGCUAAGCCGCUUUAUCUCACCAUAAUGGACGGGUUGCCCUUGUCCUGGCACGGGCUCCUUUGCCCAGCAGGAAGGUUGUUGCUAAUUAAUGCUAAUGAUCUCACUUGUUGUGCCCUCUCACUCUCUGUCUUCCCCUUGGCAGGUCAGCGAGGAUGAGUUUGAAUCUGACCGAGAGGAGUAUCGGGCCAAGUCGGAGAGUGGCGGCAGCGACUAUGGAGGAGUGGGGAAGAAAAAGCGGAGAAAGCAUCGGGAGAAGAAGGAGAAAAAGACAAAACGACGGAAAAAGACGGAAGAAGAUGGAGUGCAAAAGCCAAAGGUAGAAUCCUAGAAUUGUAGAGUUGGAAGGGACUCCAAGGGUCAUCUAGUCCAACCCCAAGCAAUGCAGGAAUCCCAACUAAAGCAUCCAUGACAGAUGGUCAUCCAGCCUCUGCUAAAAGCUUCCAUGGAAGGAGAGUCUGCAACCUCCUGAGGGAGGGCCCUUGGAACUUGCUGGAUAACUCAGGGAGUUUGCACCUCAGACUCCAGACUAGAAGCACCACCACCCAGUUCUCAAAUAGCUUGGUUUAAAAAUAAUUAUAAUAAUAAUUGUAUACCGCCCUUCAUCUGAAGAUCUUAGUGUAAAAAUAAAAGAUAACACAAAAUAACAUAAUAAAAAUAAGAACGAAAACAAAACAGUUGGGAUGGGAGGGGCAGAAUGAUAGGUUUUGUAUUCAUGCCGAGACCCAGAAUUAGACCCAUCUGUGUUUCUGCAGUCCUGUACUUUUCAACAAUCCCCACACUUUUCCACCAUGCAAGGCUGUGCUAGCACUGACUGGAGAAUUACAAGGCAGCAAUAAACCCGCCAAACACUUUCUCCACACUGUGUUGGCUUCUGGAUAAUCCCACAUGCCCAGAUAUUUUUCUCAGUGCCACCUGUUGAAAAAGCCAUAGGCAAAGCAGGGGCGUAGGAAGGGGGGUGGGGGUGGUCUGCCCCGGGUGUCAUCCAUGAGGGGGUGUGUGUGACAAAAAGGUACACUGUGGGGGGCUCGCCCCGCUGCCCCUAGCCAUGCGUAGCGGAUGGCCCCACUGCCGCCAUGUGUGGCAGAUCGCUCCAUCAUGCGUGGAUCAUGCUGCCCCCCCCCCCGCAGCUCGCCCCGCCCCCCUGGUGCAUGGCAUGGCCUCAGCUCCAGAUGCCCAUGUAUCGAACUCCACCUCCGAGACAAAGCAGGGUGAGGAAGGCAGACAGACACAGCAAAAGAAUGCAGAGAGUUCCACAGGGCCCUGGAAGAGAGGUUUUCAGGCUCCUCACACAACCUCUGCCAGCACCUGUGUUUAUUCUUCAUGGGCAUUUACAGUGGCGAAAGGCAGGGACUUUGAUCUUCUUUAUUUUAGGUUUUUAUUGAAUGCAUAUUCAGUAGAUAAAUGAUCUCAGAGUGUCUCAGGGUUUAAAAAUAUAAAAACAAUACAAUACAACCAUACAUAGAGAUACAAUCAUACCUCGGGUUACAGAUGCUUCAGGUUGCAUUUUUUCGGGUUACGGACCCACUGAAACCCGGAAGUACCGGAAAGGUUUACUUCCGGGUUUUGGUGGUUGCGCAUGCGCAGAAGCGCUAAACCGCACUUUGUGCGUGCACAGAAGCAUAUAAUCACAACCUGUGUGUGCACAGACGUGGUGCUGCGGGUUGCGAACGCUGCUGGUUGCAAAUGUGCCUCCUGCAUGGAUCAUGUUUGCAACCCGAGCGUCCACUGUAUAUUGGAAAGCAGUAGCAAACGAAAAGCAGAAUGCCAGAAAAAAAGAGUAUAGAGCUCCACAUCUUAAAAUACCUGGGCAAAUAAAUAGGCCUCUUCAAUUCAUUCCAAAAAGACAUUGAGCUCAGUACCAAACAAGCCUCCAAGGGGGAGAGUCUUCUAGACCUGGUGUGCUGUAAUGUAAGAAACUCUGUCAUGGGAUACCACAUGCUUUGCUCCAGUAGGUGGAGAGACCCAGAGACAGGGGUCUGAGCUCUUAAUGACUGGGCAGUUUUGUAUGGGAGAGAGCAGUCCUUAAGGUAGCAUUGUUCCCAAGCUGGAGCCUGCUGCUCCUUUCUUUGACAUUAUUCUGUGGAGACACGUAACAGGGUUAGUAGCAAAAGGGUCCCCACAGGGCAACAUUUCAUAUUUUGCUCAGGUUGCUUUCUGGGAGCUCUUAAAGCAGAAAAAUAAGCCCACUGAGACCAGGUGGGCUUAUUUUUCUGGAUUAAACCCGGAGUCACCCUUGACCCUACACCAAAUACAGGUUUGUUUUUCUUGAUCAACUGCCAGAACAAUGGUCAGGCAUGUUCUUACAACUGCCUAGCAAGUUCAGCCUCCUGGUGUUCUGCCUUCCCACCUUCAGUGUCAUUCAGGGAUAGAGUGUACUGGGAUGCUUGUGGGAUUCCUCUAUAUUUAUUUGUCAGCUGUAGCACAGAAUGUGUUGCAGAAUCCCAGUGGGCCUUUCCUCCGUCCCUUGGGAUGAUGCCACUGUCCAUAAAGUGGUAGAGUGUGAGGGGAUUAAUGCUCCAGCAGGCACAGAGUGGUGGAUGCAUCCAGCAUGGUGGCUUAAUUUGUCAAGGCACGCUUCAGCUCCUCUCAAGGCACACUACUGUGCUGAUGUAGAGACCCAUUUGCAUUUCCAGUCCUUCAUGUCUCUUGUCCCAACACUCUUCCCCUGGUGCAAGGCAACAGUAGCACAGCUGGGAGAUUUUUGCUUAAAUAGCUCAAAAUAUACUGAACUUUUCAUGUUUCUUUCAAGGUGGAGCAGAAAUCCUCUGCUCAGCUGCUCAUGACCUGGGGGCUGGAAGAUGUGGAUCAUGUCUUCUCCGAGGAGGAUUAUCACACCCUGACAAAUUACAAAGCCUUCAGCCAGUUUAUGAGGUGAGUGUCUGGAAUCCAGGAGGAAUGGUGGGCUUCAAGGUCCACCAAUUCACAAACUAAAGAAAAUCAGACACUGAUUGUUGUUUGGAGAUGUGGGGUAAGCUAUGUAAACAGCAGUCUUCAAAUAAUUUUUAAAAAACCUGUUUUUGUGCAGAUCACAUACUCUUGCUUCAUGUACACACUCUUUAUGUACAGGAAUAAGUCCCCUCAAUCCUUUACCCACUUCUUCCCUCAAGGAAGAGUGUGUUGUCAGGUAAGGAUGUCCCAACUUCUUCUCUUCACUCCUUUUUAAGCACUAGUGACAUUGGCCACUGACUUAGAUGGCUUUAAAAUGAGAUUAAAUAAAUUCAUAUCAGAUAAGGUUGUCAGUGGCUACUAGUCCUGGUGGCUGUAGUCUACCUGCAGGAUGAGAGGUUGGGGACUACAAGUAGGAGAGUGCUGUUGCUCUCAUGUCUUACUUGUGGGCUCCUGAGAGGCAUCUGGCUGGUGCUGUAGGAGCAGCAUGCUGGACUAGAUCAGCCUUCGGUCUGAUCCAGCUUCAGGGCUUUUCUAAUGUUCUUUUGUUGUUGUUGUUUAGUCGUUUAGUCAUGUCCAACUCUUCAUGACCCCAUGGACCAGAGCAUGCCAGGCACUCCUGUCUUCCACUGCCUCCCACAGUUUGGUCAAACUCAUGUUAGUAGCUUUGAGAACACUGUCCAACCUUCUCGUCCUCUGUCGUCCCCUUCUCCUUGUGUCCUCAAUUUUUCCCAACAUCAGGGUCUUUUCCAGGGAGUCUUCUCUUCUUAUGAGGUGGCCAAAAUAUUGGAGCCUCAGCUUCAGGAUCUGUCCUUCCAGUGAGCACUCAGGGCUGAUUUCCUUCAGAAUGGAUAGGUUUGAUCUUCUUGCAGUCCAUGGGACUCUCAAGAGUCUCCUCCAGCACCAUAAUUCAAAAGCAUCAAUUCUUCGGCCAUCAGCCUUCUUUAUGAUGUUUCUAAAUGAACAAAUGCCUUGGGAGUGAAGGUCUCUGAGUAGUCUUGCUUUGCCUUUAUUCUUGUCUCUGGGAACUGUGCAGGAAUGUGAAUGGUUUGUUAAACUGAAGCAACAGUUUGCAUGAAUGUAGCCUCUCUUUACUAGUUGGAAUAGUGAAAUGGCAAAAAGGCAAUGAGUGGGGAAGAGGAGGAGAUGAGAAAGCAAAAGACCCUGUUUUUGCAGUGAGUGUGCUGUAGAUAGCCUUUCUCAGCAAACAGUCUUGUUAAAUGCAGGUACUGUAGCACCAGACAGCCCGGCAUCUGCAUCCACAGACCUCAGGGCUUAUCUGGCUGUGAGCCUGUGACUCAAUCCAGGCAAAGCUGAGUUCAUGUCAGCUACAAGGAAGCUGCCAGUGGCCUUGGCAGGCCCCCGUAUCUCCCUGCUUUGGCUUGGCGGGCAGAGGUGCAUUCUGCCGCCAACAACUCUCUGUGACCAAUGGCAGCAAUCCGGCACCAACAUUCAUGAGAUCUUGAGGCCACCUGGGCCUCGCCAGUUUAAUCAAGUCAGUGAUUUGUGCCAGGGGCUCAGGGGACAGGCUUGCCAGUGGGGCUUUCGGAGAGUAAAGCUCUCAGCCUGGCUCUAAUUAGCUUUAAAUUGUUUGGCACUCGCCUGUACCUGAGGCAGUUUGCCGCCUUCCCCUGCUGCUGCUGGGAUCAGCCAAGAGCUCCCUCAAGACCAACAAGAUGGAGCUCCUGCUGGAAAGGCCCUUUGGAGCCCUUUCACAUGUUCCUCGUGGCUCCCCGAGGGCUUAAAGAUCUGCUGUGCAUUUGGGACAUCUGUAUUCCUGAAAUGCAGUGUAUAAUCAGGACUUCUAGAGGUCUCCAUAGCUGCCAUAUGCUGUAGUAUCUGGUGGUGUGCUAUCCUUCAGUGUGCAAAGUGCUUUAUUGUUCCUGGCACGUUUCUAUCCUUGGCAGCAGCCCUGUGAAGUUAUUCAGGCCUAGAGUGGAAGAUCUGCUGAGGCCAUCCAGUGACUCUCAUAGCAGAGCCCCAGGGAUUUGAAGCUGGGUCUCCCAUUUAUCUGAAUCCAGCAAUCUGUUCUCUAUAGCAUCGCUGGGGCAAGAAUGGUGCUGCAGUACAAAUGGUGCCUGCUAACCCUGCUGUAUUCUGAAGCCGCCAUCCUCCCCUCCCCUCAGUCAACUAUAGCAUCUCAUAGGUAGUGAUGUUGAAGAGUGAGCAAACUCUCACGAAGGCCCUUUGCUUUGGCUGCUUUGUGGCUGGGGCAAGAUCACGGUUUACAACUCUUAAGAAAGGGAUGGAGAGAAGUGAACAGCUUUCAAAGUGUGGACUGAAGCUUGAGACUGAUAUGGAGGGAUAAGGAAGCCGCUUUAACCAUCAAAAUAAAAAGUGACAUGAUCACGGAAAUGGAAGAGAAAUAUGAGUUUAGCACAAAUAUUCUGAAGAGUUGGAAAACUUAGGUGUUAUCGCAGGUGGCUAUUAUUGGUGCUGCUUCUAAACAGGUUUUGUCCCUGGAGAAUCCAAUUUCUCUGCAGGAGGAAGGAUGAGAUAUAAUCUGUAGUUUUUCCCAGCGUUGCAGUGAUAUGAGUCUGUCAUGUUGCAUCCAUCCAUCUUUGUAUUGUGUUCUUUGUCUCUCUCUCUGUCUGUCUCUCUCUCUCUCCACCCCCUUCUCACUCUGCUCCUUGAUCUGUUUUUAAUAUUCCACCUCUGUCUCUCACUGGAUGUAGAAUUGCUCCCAUAUAGUAUCACAGUCCGAAAGAGUGACAUUUGCUGGCCUUUUGUUUAUCUUGCUGUUGUACUUGUCUCUGCCUCCCCAUUUCCCCCACUGCAUUCUUUGUCAGUCUCUUGCCACAUGCAAGGCAAGGCAGGCCUGCUGCUGCUUUGUUUUAUGCGGGCCUGUCUUUGUCUUAGAGCCCCGCCUAUUUCUGGAAAGCAUUUUGAAAUGAAAUAAAUUCAGACUUUUUCCUCCCCUCUCCCUCCUCCUUUUCAAAGCAAGAGCUCAUAUUUCUUUAAUAGCAUCCCUUAAUAGUCUGCAGUGCAUUAUGGGCCAUGGUGACCAUCAAUAAUUAAGAAGUCAAAAUGAGAUCAUAGCACAGCUCUGCAUAACAGCCUUCUUAUUGGUUCAGUUCAGAAAAUCCUCCAAAUCGUGAUUUGGAGGAUGAGGAAUAUGAAAUGGGCUUGCAUGCUCUCUUCUCCACCUCUUUCUUCUCCUCUUGAGUCCCUCCUCCAUUUCUAGGUUGCUCUAACCAUAGUUUGCCAUGACACCUGAAUCAGACAAACGAUGGUUAGGGAUGAACCUCAAACUGGUGUGUAGCCUCACUUCAGAUCAUGGUUUAAAGGUUAUCCCUAGGCAUAGAUGGUUGAAGUUGUGGUUGGUCUGGCUUGAACAACCUGGAAGUCAAGGACGGAAAUGGUGUGCAAGGAUUGGGUGGCAGGGGUGGAAGAAAGGAGACUUGGAGCAUUGUUGGAAUUGAUCAGUUGCCAGUGACUCGCUGAGCUUUUUAGACUUGUCUCUGCAGCUACAAAGAUGAGGAUCAUCCUCCUUGGAUCAUCCUUCCCUUGGAACAGGGGAACAAAAAAAGCUUUCAGGUAAAAAGGGCCUCAACAGAUGCAAGCUAGGGAGAUUUUUCUGUUGUUAGCCAAGAUGAAACAAGAUGACCUCUUGGCUCAAGAGGUUCUUAGGCCUUACAUUUCUGGGAGUGAAUGACAGCUGUUCCUCUGGAACCCAGUUACAGUAUGUGUGUUUGUAGCAAAUGGCUGGGCUACCCCAUCACCAGGAAUAUAGCAUUACUCUCAAGUUGAAACCUGAAAUUUUUCUGUUGAGUGACAUAACACAAAGCCCAGGGCAUAAAUUGAUCUGGAGCUGUGUCCUGGUACGUGUGAUACAAUAAUAAACUGGCAACCACAUAUAGAAUCAUAGAAUCAUAUUGGUUAAGGGAAUAGGAAUUCUAGGAAGACUUGAGUUUUUAUGCCUUUCUUCUGUUACUCCCACUUUGUAUGUGUGUGUGUGUGCGCGCGCGUGUAUGUAUGUAAUAAUGCCCUUCUGUAAUCUUACCAUGCAAGUGAAGAAAUUGGGAUUUUGUACAGGUUUCAGUAUUUUGAGAACUCCAUUUCCACUUUUCAGAAGUCUAGCCUUUCUGGCUGCAUUCUUAGACAUGAAUGUAUGUGAAAUCUUAUGGAUGGAGCAUGAUUUCAGGUGUUUUAGGCUCCAGGGCCUGGCCUAUGGAUAGAAGCAGCAGGGAUCCUGACAGAAUUCGGGGCCUGAGCACGAUCAUGGGCCAGGGUUUGCUGUGCUAGAAAUUAACCCCUUUAGAAUCUUGUGCGUGGCUUUCCCUGUCAGAUGGAUGAAAGCUUGUAUUUAUGCCCAUUGCACAAGGGCUGUGAAUGUCUGCCAGCCAAAAUCCCAGAGGUCCUUGUACACUCGAGCCCCAGUUGGUUCAAACGUCGGCAUGCUGGUUACGAGCGCUUUGUGUUGACAGCAGAUGAAGUGCUGAGGCUGGUUGGGGGCAGAGAGAUCAAGAAGAUGCAGCAUCUGCAGCGAGGAUUAUUGCAGAUGAUGGAUGUCUUGUGCUCCAGGGUUCUUGGCUGCAGGGAUAGAGGGAUGAAGGAGGAGAGGAGGUCAGAGCUAUCGCCUCCAGCCCUGUACGGCAACAUGGUGCUUUGUUUCUGUGAGUGUGGUGUUGGCCUCUGUUGGAUUAAACAGAGCACUGGCCUGUUCCGGUUUGGCUGUUCUUGUCUUCCCUUGAGACAGAUAAAAGCCAAAAGGAGCAAGCUACUGUAAUCCUUGCCUUGCUGGGCUAUGAGGUUAGCCCCAGGGGAGGGGCAAGCUGGGGUGAUUUAUGUAUAAUGCUUUGGUUUGCUCUAUGGAAUAGGCUGCUUCCAUGUUGGACUGAUCCUGUAGUCCAACAGGAUGCCUCCAGGUUAGUUUCACUUGUUUUGUGGAACGUUAAUAACUUUCAGACCUGGAAGAAGCUGCUUUUAUUGUUUGCCUUAGAUCCCAAAUACAUCAGGCCACUUCUGAAAUAUUCCAUUCAUGUGCUGAUUUUGGGAAUUUCAUUGUUGAUUGUUGCUCAGAACCACACACACCUCUAAGCAUCUCCUCGGUGUAAAAAACCUCAACACACCAGAAUAAAACCACAAAUACUUCCAUUUCUGUCUUAAAAGGAGUUAGAUCUUCAGCUCUUCCUCCGCUAGGGAAGUGAUUUGAGAAUUUUAACACUUCUGAUACCUGGGUUCCUUCUGAAGUCUAAUCUAAACUCAUUAAGGCCCAGUUGAUGGCCUUAUUAGCGGGGAAGGUUUAAUUGCUUCUGGAUUCUAUAAGGUGCUCCAGGUGCUGCACAGCUUCUCAGUCCUCUCUCUAAUCUCAGGAUUUAUUUCACAUAAAUUAAAAAAUGUCUGUUUCAAAAUCAUUAACUGGUGUGAGGAUUUCCAGGCUUUAUGUUUUAGCUCCGAAUGGGAUAAGGCAGCCAAAAUGAUCAGCAGGAAAAACACAAAAAAACAAACAAAAUGAUCAGCAGGCUGGAGCAACUUCUGUAUGAGGAAAGGUUGCAACAUUUGGGACUUUUUACUUUAGAAACAUGGCUUGUAAAGUGGGCGACACACAUGAUAGUGGUACUGGGUUCUGUUCAGAUAACUUUUAUUUCUGUUAGACCCACUGGCAUUAACGGACCUAAGUUAGUCAUGGCCAAUAAUUUUGGAGAGUCUACGCUGAAUAAAAAUUGGUUGAAUACAACUCCAUUGUGCAUAUUCAUGCAUAGUAUGGAGAAGAUGUAUAGGGAGGUGUUUUUCUCCCUCUUUCAUGAGACUAGAACUCAGGGACAUCAAAAAUAGUAGCAAGUUUGUAUGGAGAAGCGUGCUGAGUGCAAGAGCAUCAAAUCUUCUUUAGCGUUUCUUUGAUAUUCUCUGAAAGGGAUGAUAUAGGGUUUGCACGCUUGAACUUACAUUGCUGCUUCGUUUCCCCUUCUUCCUAGGCCUCUUAUUGCCAAAAAGAACCCCAAGAUUCCGAUGUCUAAAAUGAUGACUAUCAUGGGAGCUAAAUGGCGGGAGUUCAGUGCCAACAACCCCUUCAAAGGGUCGACGGCAGCUGUGGCUGCAGCAGCUGCCGCAGCUGCAGCCGCAGUAGCUGAGCAGGUGUCGGCUGCAGUGUCGGCUGUCACUGCUUCACCUGAGCCACAACCGCCACUACCGCUGCAGCCUCCUCCUCAGCCUCCUCCAAUCCGCAAAGCCAAAACCAAAGAAGGCAAAGGUGAGUAGCAGGAGACCUCAGGCCUUGCAGAAGGAUGUGUGUGCACCCGUGUGUGAUGAGCGCAUUAGACAAAGCUGUUGGCUUGAUCUGUCCAACUUCCCUUUGCUGUGGAAGCCAGACUUCUCCAAUGUUUUGACACUGGAGCUCUGGAGAGUGGUGGUGGUGGGCUAGUGGGAUACAAUGUGCGUGUCUGCCACCGAGUGGCCUUGAGUUUGUCACACCAAUAGCAUAAAGAGCCAAGAUGUCAGAUCUUGUGCCUAGAGCUGUGGGGCUGGUUCUUCACCCUGGACCCAGAGAUCUUGGCUCUCAGCAAUCCAUACCCCAGCACACCAGGACUCCACUCUUCUCCCAAAGUACCAAUUUUAAGCCCUCUAGUUCCCCACACCCAAUGACAGCCUCACUUCUCUGUCCAGUGGAAGGAAGGCAUCCACAAGCAAACAGACUCCUACUGCUACCCAGCAGAGGCAGGUCAUGUGACACCAAACCAGAAGGACUUCGCUGACUCAGGGAUGUUCCGCUUCAGCUCCUUUCCUACCUUGCCCAGGUUAACAGCAGCUGUUCUGUUUCUAUGGUGAUUGUUUUUUACCACAGCUUUUUACCUUGACAUUCUGCUAUUUUUUCUCAGGUUUCUCAGCUUUCAUACUCGCAUGCUCUUCUCUCUGGCUUUACACAUAAAAAAAUUACAAAAACUGUUGCCUCCUUAUCUUUCAUCGCUUCCUCUUUUCCCUUUGUUUUUCUGUUGCCUGGUCACAGCGCCAGUAGGCAAAGCUCAAUCUUGCAAGGACAUCAAUAGAAAUAAAGGAGGAUUGGUUAGAUUGGUGAGAAGGUUAAAAAGUGCUGCCAAUAGCACUGUUUCUUUCACUGCCUGUGUGGCUGCUGCAGGGCACCCCACAGUGGAUACCCAAGGAGGGUCGUCAGUGGAAGCAGACAGCAUUACUGGUAGUGCCCUGAAUCUCCUUCUAGCAGAGCAUUAAAAAGCAGUAUUGCUAGCUCAGAAACCGCUGUCUGUUACCAGCUGUUGUUGCCACUCUGGUCUCCUGACUGUCUCCAGAGAUAAAGAUCUGCUUUGGGGCAGCACAGUGAGGUUUGAGCGGGCCUCCUUAUGCAGGAGGACUGCUGGAAUGCUAACGUUUUCCCUUGAGGAACAAGUAAUGCCAUUUUCUGAUCUUGCUGCUGAGGGGGGUAUAGCAGCAGCAAUACCCAGUGGUCUGCUCCACUUAUAUGAAUGGUAAACAACAUACAGGAUUCCAGCUUCUGCUUUUCUCUGCUGCUCAAUCCAAGAGUUCCUCAGUGAAGAUUGCACUGGUUGCGCUGCAUGGCACUGCAUCCACUACGGUAGCAGCUUCUGGUGGUACUUCCUUGGUUCAAGUAUCUACACUGGAUCUAACACAGCAGGCUGUAGCUGAGGAAUGUACACAAUAGCUAGGGACCCUGAGCUAGUGCUUGAGAGAGGGAGCUGUGGCACCACUGCUCACUUCACCAGCAACCCUCCUCCAACUCUUCUUUGGCUUCCAUUCCUUCCAAGCUCAAAUCAGCAGUUAAGGGUCCCAAGCACACACUGCUGGGCAGAUAUCUGCUGGCCGUAAAAUUGCUAGGGGUUGCAGAUCCUUGCAAGCUGUCAGAAAACACUUAGGGAAAGGAAAGGUGCCUCCAGCUGCUGGGGGGGGGGGCAUUAUUCAGAAGAUUGUAGGAAAGUAGACUAACGGAGAAACUUCUAUAAGUCCCAGAGAUUAAGGAGAAUGGAGUGAGGGUGGUCUGCCUUCAUUGCUAAGCACUUACUCCCAAAGUGCUCUGAGAUUGCAGGACCCAACCUCAGAACCUGUGCAGCAGAUAUCUAGGGCAGCAGUGUUCUUUUGUUUUUUGUUUUAAGCACAAACCUGCUGUCAAGCAAACCCGUUUCCUUCCCCUUUUUCUAAUGUCAUCAAAGAGGAGUAGGUGGCUCUCCUACCGACCAGGAGGGACAUUAGUGUGACUCAAUAUUUUUAUUCUCCAACCACAGCUGAUCAUCGAGCACCUGCGUUGACAGGUGGCAGCCCUGUUCUCAGUACUGUCCUGGCCAGAUCAUGUUCUUCAGGCACUCAUGAGCUGUUUGAGUUUCUAUGUCUGAAGCUCCUCUUCUGAAGGUGCUUUCCCAUGUGAUGAUCACAUUAUCACAGUAUGCCUCUGAAUGACAGGCUCCUGUGUAUACACCUCUUGUGUAUUAUAGAAAAGGGCAGAGUGAUUUCAAGACCAGACUCAUCCUUUAUCCCUAAAGUUAAUUCCUUGUCCCAUCACUCUCAGGAGCUAAUCCUGCCUUUCUUUGACCUUAACCCCUCUGAAGAAGGCUUGGCACAAGCUAGACAUGCGCAAGGCACUAAAAUCCAUUUCAGAAGCACUGUGCCCUUCAGGCACUCAGAUUGCCUCUGUAUUUCCUUUAAUCCCUCUAACCUAGGCCAAAACGUGCCUAAGACGUCUCUGAUUAGGUGGAUCAGUGCACGUAUAUUGCUAGUUCUUGAGGCACAAAGCUUGCCUACACUGUUUAAAAUCACGUUGAAUUCGACCAGGGCAACCUGGCAUCACUGCAGCCUUUUCUACCAAUGCUUCAAUAUUAAAGAUAUGAAGGUGUGUGACUUACUCCUCAGCAGAUACUUUUCAUUACAUAUUGUAGGAUGCAUGCCUGUGCUUUGACAGAGGUAGCAUUUGAUAGGAGUGUGCUACAACAUGUACUGCUGCUGUCUUAGAUAUCCAUAUUGGGAUGCCUGCCUCCCAGUGGGCACAGAAUGGAACCUUGCUCCCUUAUUGUGAAUGCUCGUCCUGGCCCAGUAUGACCAGAGGCGUCCAGCCCUGCUCUUCUUCAGGUGGUUGGGUACCAACUGGCACAUGGGGGCUUUGGCUAUAAUUGUCCACCUGUGCCAGAUGUGGAGACUCUGUUAUUUCUGUUUUCCUAAUAUUCCUUUUUCCUCCAGUUUCUUAAUGCACACAAUAUGUGAUUGGCUUGUUAAGGAAUUGGAACUGAGGCUAAGCCUCCUGAGCCAGCAAAAUGUUUCAUUUUGGUGUCAUCUGAUCCUGCCUGCUUUAGGUGGUAGUAAGUAGGAGUCCAUUCAUAUAAAGAUUCCACCUUCACACUUGGCCGGGAUAGACCUUCAUGGUAAGCGACCAACACCCCAUUCUUUCCGAGAGGAGUGGUGUAGAAGAGGACAGCAGCCAGGACAUUUGGCUUCUCAGCAUCUGGUAGGGGGAAUCUCUUGCCAAGCUCCGCCAUCUGUUUGCUGCUUUGUAGCUUCACAGGAGCCAACGUCUUCACCCCAAACGCCUAUCUAUUUGCUCUUCAAAUGUGUGUGCAGGGGGUGGGGGGGAGACAGAGAGCACUGAACACAUUCAUAUGACAGCUUGCUUGCUUAUUUAUUUGUUUAUUUCAACAAAAGGUCCAGGCCACAAGAAGCGGAGCAAGAGUCCUCGCAUCCCAGAGAUGAAGAGGAAGAUGAAGGGGAAGAAGAUGGCGCCUCUGAAGAUCAAGCUGGGCAUGAUUGGGGGCAAGCGCAAAAAGAGCAGCUCAGUAAGACCCUCUCCUUGUCCACUGGGUGUGAAUGUGGAGACUGGGUGAAAAGUGAUGGGCGGAUGGGCAUUGUUUCUAUUUGUUUGGCGCUUUCGGACUGAAGAACUGUGCAGUUUUAAAAGAAGACAUCACAGCCACCUGCCAAAAUUGGAUUUCUGUGACCUGUUUUUGUUAUGCAAAUGCAGCUCAUUUGCUUCCCUUUGGCUCUUUUGCUUGCUUAUUGUGCUUGUGCUAGUCAUGGGGAGGGUUCUUGGACUGACCUUUUUUGCUGCCCUUCUGGCUUUUGAGAUUUCACCAGGUGCUGCCAUAGCCUGCAUAAUGUUCAGCUUGCCUUUGAAGCCAUCCUGCCCCACCACAGGCAUAAGAUUUUUCUUAUGGGCUAUGGUAGGAAACCAGGCUAGACUGAGUUUGCAUGGUAUGACUGGAGGUAUGCUUGUUUGCUUAUAAUAUCACUUCUGUUUCCUUCUUGCCCCCUCACCUUUACCUUAUAACUGUAUUAAGUGGUGCUGUAUACUCCCUGCUUCCACCCCCCGGCCAUAACCGAGGAGGGCUGGAUGGCAAGCCACCUCCUUUUUCUUCUUGCUUGCUCCUUGGGGCAGAUACUAACCUCAGGUGCCAAGCCCGUCUCCCCCACCUCCCAGAAACCAUUUCCUCUCUCCCCAUUCCCCCUUACUUCUGCUUCUGUAUGGGCCUUUCCUAAUGGAGGGCUGCUCCGGUUAUGUACAGCAUUUGUUUCAGAGUGACGAGGUGGGAGAGCCAGAGGAAGAAUCUGACCUUGACAACUCCAGUGUUCACAGCUCCUCGGUGCGUUCUGACAGUUCAGGGCGGGUGAAGAAACUCAAGCGGGGCAGACCUGGACGGAAGAAGAAAAAAGGUGAGCGUGGGCUGUAGGUUAGAGCAUGGUAGUUAGGUAAACAAACUCAUUUCCUGAUUAUAGGAUAGAUGUAGCUAUCAAUCACUCCUAACCCUGAUGGCUGUGUUCUGCUUCCAUGGUCAGAGGCAAUAAACUUCUGAAAACCAGUUGAUGAAAACUGCAGGUGGGCAGAGUGCUGUUGUACUCAUGUCCUCCUUGCAGGCAUCUGGCUGGCCACUGCGACAACAGGAUGCUGAACAAGAUGGGCCACUAGCCUGAGUUCUUUUGGGUUAGAAAAAGACAAUCCUACUAGAUUUCCCUGUAAAAAGAACGACAGAAGGGGCAGACUUGCUUUCUCACUCAGCUGCCAGGGCAGAAGGGCCAUUUUCCAAGUUUCCUGUUUGUGUGUGGCAAAGGAAUUCUGGGAAGUUUCAGCCACGCCUCCUUCCCACUGGUUUGUGUCAUUCACAGGCCCCCAUAGCCCUGGAGAGAAGUUUGCAUUCAACCCACCUUUCAUUGUGCUAAUCAUCCAGCCUCUUCUCCCUUCAGUUGCUGCUUUUCAGUUCCAUCCCCUUUUGGGGACGAGCGGUAAAUGCAAUUUGUUGAAUACCCCUCAGUUUCUAAGGGAGGAAGAUGGAUAACUCCCAAUCCUAGACCUGCCCUGGCCCAGGUAAGGGAGUAGGUUGUACGUAGCUCAGGUGCCUUCAUGCCAUAUUCUGGUUUCUCCCCACUUCCCGGCCCUGCAGUUGCUGGUGAAGAAGAGGCAGACGGCUACGAGACAGACCACCAAGACUACUGUGAGGUGUGUCAGCAGGGCGGGGAGAUCAUCCUCUGCGAUUCAUGUCCCAGAGCUUAUCACCUGGUGUGCCUGGAUCCGGAGCUAGACAAGGCCCCCGAGGGCAAAUGGAGCUGCCCCCACUGUGUAAGCUGCUCACCUUUCUUCCUUGUUCUCUGCACACUAGCACCUCCCACCCUGUGUCUCCCCCAUUUCCAGGGAAGGAGCUUGCCUGUUGUAGCCCUUGCUCUGGUGCCGUUCCCGCUUAGGAGUCCAGGAUGCUGUGCUAAAAAUAUAUAUUAAAAAUCCAAAAUAUCAAGCUCUGAAAAUUCAGAUACUGUAGCUGGGAUAGAUUGUGCAAAAAACAAUGAACUUGCACUUUCUAGUUCACCUUCUGAGUGCAAAACUGUCCUUUCCCUCCCUUUGUUUUAAAUUAGUGCUUGGGUUAGGGAUGGUGGGAAAAGAGGGACUUUGGGGGGUGCUGUGUGCAUAGGGACAAGGAGGCAGGGACUGGGGUUCAGUGGAAGGACUCUGAUUGGUCCAUUCAGAUGCCUUGUGGUUUCAAAACCCUGGCAUAUUCUCGUACCACAAAGACUAAUGCAAUUGAAGUGGGGAUACUUGCUCUUCUGAUGCUGCACUAGGAACCCAGAUCCUGCUAUUAUUGGCUGCAAGGAUCUGGAUCUCUUUGAAAAAUUAUAUUUAAAAAAAUAUUUAGCACAUGUGCUGUUGAAGCUAGUACCUAAAUUAAUUUUUGAGAGUUACUCUGGGCUUUUAAAGCUGUGAGUUUUCUACAUACUUCAUUUUCCUUUGCCGAGAAUUCAGGCUGUAUAGAAACAGAAACCCAUGAGUCUGAAAUUCAUCAGAAAACCGUAGUUGCUGGAUAGGCUCUGGCUUCUGCUGUUUGCAGCUCCAAGUGCUCCUACUUGCAUGACCCCUAUAUCAUAAUCCAGCUCUCUCUCUCUGGGUGUGUCGUGUCCCUCGCCUGCAGGAAAAAGAAGGGGUGCAGUGGGAGCCAAAGGAGGAGGAAGAAGAGUACGAAGGGGAGCUGGACGAUGCUGAGAAGGAGGAGGAGGACGAUCACAUGGAAUACUGCCGCGUCUGUAAGGACGGGGGCGAGCUCUUGUGUUGUGAUGCUUGCAUCUCAUCCUACCAUAUCCACUGCCUCAACCCGCCGCUUCCUGAGAUCCCUAAUGGGGAAUGGCUGUGUCCCCGUUGCACGGUGAGGGCACUGGGAGAGAGGGCAUCAUGCUGGAUUUCGGGGUGGGGGAGGAGUGGCUGUGCUGUGAGAAGAGGGUAAGAGAGAGAGACCAGCCAAUGCAUUUACUUGUCAGUAAGGCUCACUGGUUACAUAAAGGGUUGCCUCCUGGACAAGAGGCUUUGGUGGGUGGCCAGACUCCCUGUGUCUCUGACACCUUCUCUUUCCCAUCCCCAGUGUCCCAUGCUAAAGGGACGGGUCCAAAAAAUCCUGCACUGGCGAUGGGGGGAGCCUCCGACACCGGUCGCUGUCGCCCUGCCGCCCGAUGCCAACCCAGACGACCCACCGCCCAAGUCUCUGCAGGGUCGUUCCGAGCGCGAAUUCUUUGUCAAGUGGGUCGGGCUGUCCUAUUGGCACUGCUCCUGGAUAAAGGAAUUGCAGGUACAACUUUGACUAAACUUGGGGCUGAGGCAGCUAUGCCUUUGGAUAAAACUCCAUGCCUCAUCAGAGAGUGCGGGACCCCAAAACUGGAAAUGAAUGGUGGGGUGACAGUUCUGUCAACAGCACAUAGGAAGAGCUUGGAGUGUCUGGGCAUUUGAACCGCUCCACAUAGCAUCAUUCAGUCCUUGGGCAGCUUGCUUCUGGUCUUUGCCCUGCCUUCGUCCUUCGGCAUAAACUUAAAUCAGUGUCAGCACAACCGUGGGCUGGGGUGAACUUCUUCAUUCCUUCUCUUCUGCCCCCAAGGACUGCCACCUCUCCCCAGCACCUCCCAGGACUCCAGCUCCAGCAGUGUUGUUCUGCUGUUGCUCUCUGGGCACGGGCAGCCAGGAAAGGUGCCAGCCUGUUUGUGCAAAAACCAUGUCCAUUUGAAAGGUGGUAUAUUAGAAUGGGAGAGCAGUAGCAGCAACAACAACACAUGUCUGUCAAUGCCAAUGAUAAGCAGAAGUCCCAACUACUCUAUGUCCCAACUACUUCUAAUGACUGGAUGCUGAGCAUAGAGAUCACCAUCAUCAGGGUGCCCUGUGUGUGUGCCUCCUUUAGGCAUGUCACUGGCUUCAUCAGAACCAUGUGUGCUGUUUCUCUUGACCCAUCAUGGCAGAGGUUAGAUGGCCACUGAUCAGGGGUGCGGCCGCAGUGGGUUUUCUGUAUCAGCAUUUGAUUCAAAUCCUUAUCUUUCUCAUUCACGUCUACUCAGUUUCUCACCUUUCUUUUUUCUUCCCUUUCUCUGCCCCCUCCCCCCCACAAAUCCCAGCUUGAGAUUUUCCACCUGGUGAUGUACAGGAAUUACCAACGAAAGAACGACAUGGAUGAGCCCCCGCUGCUUGACUACGGUUCUGGUGAUGACGAUGGGAAGAGUGAGAAGAGGAAGAACAAGGAUCCUUUCUAUGCCGAGAUGGAGGAGAAAUACUACCGCUAUGGCAUCAAGCCUGACUGGAUGACCAUCCAUCGUGUUAUAAACCAUAGGUCAGCUUGUGUGUGUGUGUGCAUGUGCACACUUGUGUGCGCAUAGUUCAUCCCCUAUCACAAUGAUGCCAUGGCUCAAGGGUGGUGACCUGCAGCCCUCGGGUCAGAUCUGGCCCACUAAACCACUGCAUGUGUUUGACAGGCAUUGACAAAAUUGAGCUCCUCUUCUCUGCCAAGGCAACUCUUUUGCUGGAAGGUCUUCCUGAUCAGGAAACAGGAAGGCAUACUCCUUCCUGUUUCCUGAGCAUUAAGACCUCCUGCCAACGGCACAGCACAGGAAGGAGGAACCUUUGUAAGGUCAACCAGUGGGGCUUUCUUCCCCAUCACAAUGCUGGCUUGAACCUCUCUCCUUUCCUCUCAGCCCAGCACUGCAAUGGGGAUGAGUGCCAUGUAUACAUCGUAGUGUGGUGUGUGCCAGCAUAUGUGUGUGUGUGAUCUGCAUGUGUUUGGUUUGUGCAUGCUGCAUAUCUGGCAAGCAUGUGUGUGUGUGGUGUGCAUGCAUGCAGCCCUCGGACAUCGGUCAGUUUUGAAUGUGGUCCCUGGACCCGGGAAGGUUUAGCUGCUUGUACCAUAGUCCACGGCCAAUGCACUGUUAGUCCUGAUGAGACCUAGGCGUGUGUUGGAUACUUUGCGGUGGGCAUAAGUGGGGUCAUCCAGCGGGGAGUAAUUGAGGUAUAGGUGUUGGCAGCCUGGUCACUCCUGGGAACCCCACCUUUCUUUAAAGAAUAUUUAAUCCUCAAGGUUCUGAAGAAUAAAAUGGAUUUGAACGUGACCUUUGUGCGUUUCACCAAGAGAAUCCUUCUAAAAGAUUUCCAUAUCUUCAUGAUAUUCACCGGCUUAGCCAUGGUGGCCUUUGUUGACUUAAUCCCAUCAGAUGCCUUUCGGUGAAACAGAGUAAGCAAACCCAGUUUGUGUGUGUUCUUUUCUUUCUGCUUCUUUCUCUCUUUUCUCUUUGCGCUGUGAAUUUACUGCGUGCAGCAUUGACAAAAAGGGCAACUACCACUACCUGGUGAAAUGGCGUGACCUUUCCUACGACCAGUCCACGUGGGAGGAGGAUGAGAUGUCGAUUCCCGACUAUGAGUACCAGAAGCAGGCCUAUUGGUUUCACAGGUGAGGAAACUAUGAGGGUGGCAGUGGGGAGGGAGGCACUGAGCAGGGCAGGAUUGAGCUGCCUGGCCCAAUGCACCGUGGGCCAUGCCUGAGAUUCCUGAGUGAGACACAAUGGGGCCUUCCUCUCUAUCCACCCCCCCUCACUCUCUAGAGAGCUGAUAAUGGGUGAAGACCCUGCCCAGCCCAGGAAGUACAAGAAGAAGAAGAAGGAGCUGACGUCAGAGGACCCGCCCAACUCCCCCACCAACGAUGUAAGCUCUGGGGUGGUGGCUAGCAGUGCAGCCACUCACCCUUGAUGCUGCAGCACUAGGCUGGGAAGGGAGUGCAGCCUGACAAAGAGGAAAGCUCUGUGCAGCUGAUGGGCCCAAGACGUUUUAAAUGGGGAUCAUUUCAGGGGUGGUGUCCAGAAGGGAGCGAGCCUCUGUCCGUGUGUGUGCAUGGCUCUCACCUCUCUGCUUCUCUCUCUCCGGACAUCCUUGCAGCCCACGGUGAAGUAUGACAGCCAGCCACGCUUCAUCACGUCCACAGGGGGCACGCUGCACAUGUAUCAGCUGGAAGGCCUGAACUGGCUGCGGUUCUCCUGGGCCCAGAGCACAGACACCAUUCUGGCAGAUGAGAUGGGCCUAGGCAAGACGAUCCAGACCAUUGUCUUCUUGUACUCGCUGUACAGGGAGGUAAGCCAGGAGUGGUGGCCUGGGCAUGUUCGCUCUCUUUUCCAUUGUCCAAAGUAUGUGAGUCUCUCUCUCUCCUUCCCCCCGCCACUGCCCCUGCCUCCUGUGGAAACCUAACAUUUACAUGUCAUUGCAUGGCCCUUUCCUUAUGCUGUGACCCAGGAUUUCUGAACUGGUUCUCUUCCUUUUCUGAUCAUGCGCCUUCCCAAGUGUUACAAAGAAAGUGCUGGCUUCCUGUCCUAAAAGCUCACAGUCCUAAAAGCAGAGGAAGGAGAACAGGGGUAUACAUGGGACAGAGGGGGGAAAUGGGUUAUAAACCUUCCAGUGAAACUCUCCCACUUACUCCAGACCCCUUGCAUCUUUCCAAGAAAGAAAGCCAAUAAAGUUGCUUUUGCCAACUUUGUCUUUGUUUACCCAGUUCCACCUUUCAAAACAACUAAAAGUGCCCCCAUACUACUCCUGAGCCCCCAUUCCCUGUUUGCCUAGCCCCUCUCCCCCUUUGAAAUGGAAUGGAAGAGAUUCUCUUUGCUUCCUACCUCAGGCCCAUCCAUUCACUUCCACUGUUCUCCAACCAGAUUGAAGCCACCGACUAUUCUCCUCCAAUAUGCUUUGGAUGCCAUAAAGCAAGUUUCCUGCCACUUGUUACUUCCCUCAAAACCUCCGCCUUAGCUCUCGUUUUAUUUGGGGUUUCCCUUCAGGGUUUCUGAAGGGAGACGAACCUCGUUUGUUGUUUGGAGUUUGGCCUCCCUGCUCUCCCAAGCUUCUCGAGUGUUCUGGAGCUGAACUAUUUCUGCAGGAUCCUACCCGUCAGCAUGAGCUAGACCUCAAGUGCUCCCUCCCUGCUGUCCUCCUCUGCCCCAACCACCUCCUGUCUUGACCUCCUCAUGGCAGCCUCCCAAUGAGUGCCUGCUUUGCCAAGACAUCUUGCUGAAGUACUAGAGCCGCAGGCUUUUCUGAAAGGUGGUGAGGCAAGGGAAAGCCCUUUGCUUAAGCGAGCAGCUGAGUUGCUGUCUGCUGCAGCUGCUGAUCCCGCACCAUGAGUGGGGCGGAUCCUGUCACAUUGCCCCAGAUUCUUUUCCCCAUAACAGAAAUAUCUGGCAGCAGGCGGCCCUCCUCCACAAAAGAAAAGGUGCACAUUUAAUCUCUGUUGUAGGGCAGCUUCCUUGUUGGUGAUGACGUGGGAAGCACACAAUGUGCAUAUGCUUCUCUGAACACGAGCGUGAAUGCAUCUGGGAAACCUGAUGGGGCCAGAUUUCCCAGAUACAUGCAAAUCUGUCUGUGACAUCUGCCUGAUUACCUGUUCCAUGUUGGAAGCAUCCGUGUUGUGCUGGUGCUUCCUACUGCAUUCAUAACAUGUGGAGCCAUCGCCAGCCUUGUGUGAUGUAGAUUGUAUGUCUUUUGGGCACUGACCAUAUGAGGUCUCCGUGUUCUGUAUACCGCCUAGCACAGUGUUGGUGCUGAAUGAAUGUCUGAUGGGAGGAGUGCAUCAGCCCCAGGCAAAGGGUCCUUCUGUGAACAGCUGUUACUUCUGUAUGAACAGCUGCUGUGACUGGCUGCGUGUCAGUGAUCCCAGCAGAGCCACAGGAGAACCUUGCUCAUUCUGGCAGCCAGCGUUUUAUGAAUGGAUUUCUCUUUGCCUAGCUGAGCCCCUGGGAGCCAAAAGCAAAGAGCCUGAGAAUUGCUGCAUCAGGCUGAGUCAGGGCUGGGAGCUGCCGGUGGCCUCUUUUGACUCCUCCCGAGCUGCAGACAGGAAAGUUCCUUCUAGUUCACAUGUGAUUUCAUGCUCUUCCUCUUUUCUCUCCCCCCCUCCACCAGGGCCACACCAAAGGGCCUUUCCUGGUCAGUGCUCCGCUGUCUACCAUCAUCAACUGGGAACGAGAAUUUCAGAUGUGGGCACCCAAUUUCUAUGUGGUAACCUACACAGGGGAUAAAGACAGCCGCUCCAUCAUCCGUGAGAAUGAAUUUUCUUUUGAGGACAACGCCAUGAAGGGUGGAAAGAAGGCCUUUAAAAUGAAGGCAAGUGCAGUGGGGGGUUUUCCCCACCUUACAGCAACAGCAGCGCUGACUCUGCAGCUUCCCAUGGGCCUGAUAUUGAUUGUGGUCGAUAUAAUUUUGCUCCCCACCAAACUUUGAGGCGGAAGGCAGCUCGUUAACCCCUUUGCUUCCAAGCCCCACAAUGCUGCCUUGCCAGCUUGCCUUUCAAAUGCACAAGAGCUCCGAACUCUUCCCCCAUCAAGGAGAACCGCAUUCAGUGGUGCCAUGGAGCAGAUGGUGGCUAUACGUUUUCCCACCUUCUGUAUUUCUCCUUUUUGUUCUCAGAGAGAAGCUCAGGUGAAAUUUCACGUCCUCCUUACCUCCUAUGAGCUUGUCACCAUUGACCAGGCUGCCUUGGCUUCCAUCCGGUGGGCCUGUCUUGUUGUGGAUGAAGCUCACCGACUCAAAAACAACCAGUCCAAGGUGAGGAGAGCUGUGUGGUGGGGAAGCCUGAGCUGGCUUGUCCUGGAUAAAUGCCAGGAUUUGGGACUCAUCUGUGGUGGGUGAGGGUGUAGGAAGGUGGAGGGAGGGAAGAAGGGUUCUCUGAUGCCUGUACUGCUCUUGCUUUCAGUUCUUCAGGGUGUUAAACGGUUAUAAGAUCGACCACAAACUGCUGCUCACUGGGACUCCUUUGCAAAACAACUUGGAGGAGCUGUUCCACCUGCUGAAUUUCCUCACUCCCGAGAGAUUCAAGUAUGGCUAAUUUUGUGCUUCCUUCCCCUUUGCUGUGGAGACCUGUUAAUCAGAGAGCUGGAGGGGCUUAAUCUUAACUCCUCUCCUAUCUGUCAUUGACACACUGGCCUGUUUGUCAUCUACCUUCAGACUGCGGUCCCUGUCCACAGUUUCCCCUCUCCUUUCCAAGUUUGCAUCCACCAGUAACCUUUUCAUCCAGUGCAUAGCUAGCCUGAACAUAGGGUGGAGUUUCUACCUAAUCUUCCACCCAACUGGAACUUGGUAGAACAGAGGGGCUGAGUCCUUCCACUCUAAUCACAGAAGGCCUUUGGAUAAGUUCAGCCUUCAUAAGCAUGAGGAGGGCCUGGUGAGCCAGUUGACAUAAAAAGACUUGGCUGAAUGUGAAAGGACAAGCGAAUAGCAGAUCUCUAGAUAACCACUUCUUAGUUGUCCUUCAUGCCAGCAUUGUAAGACCUAGUGCCUAACAGCUGAUCCCAAAAUGUGGUGGGCCAUCUGCCUCACAGCACAGCUCUAGUGUGAAUGUUAUACAGAAAGCUGUUUGGAAAACCUAUAAAAGAGGAGCAUUUGGGCAUCUGAAAAUGUAUAUCUGGAGGGAUGGCUCCCUCUGCUGACCAGACAUGCACACUGCUGGCAAUCUGGCAUCUUGGUCACUCCCAAGUGACACUUAAUGUGACUUCUGGUGGCCACAAGGGAUUUCCGUUUGUCUGAAACAGAUGUCUAGUGAUGGGGGGCGGGCUCCUCCCAUCAGCACUGGAAGCUGGACUUGUAGAGGCUUCAAGCUCUUUCUAGGGCGGGUGGAGAGGGCCAGGUUACAUUUUCACAUUUUUGCCCUUUGUUAACUGAGGAACCUCAGCUGCUCUUGCCUCUCCAAGGCUUAGCGAAACUAAAAGAGACGGCUUCUUUCUUACCUCUUUCAUUGACUUUAGGGCUGGAAAGAUUUUUAUUUGGUUUGGUGGUGUCUUUUACUCCGAGACUUGCAAAGGAACUACAAAGCAUUAAGUGCUCCCUCCCCUGCACGUCUGUGGAUUUGUUAUUUCUUUCCACCUACCAACUAAAGAGCCUGCCUUCCCAGCCUUCAAAUUUGACACCACAUUAACACCACAUAAAUUAUCCACUUUUAUUUAUUUAAUUAAUUUAAAAUACGUUUAAUCACUUUUCUGGACAAGAGCCUUAUCAUCAGAAUUAAAACCUUAAAAAUUAGUGCACAGUUUAAAACUUUAAAUAAUUUUAAAAAACCUAAUACAGUGGUACCUGUGAAACAGCCCUGUUUAUGAAUGAUUUGGUUUACAAACUCCGCAAAACUGGAAGUAGCGUCCCAGUUUGCGACCUUUACUUGGUCUAAGAAUGGAACUUGAAGGGUGGAAGGGCACUGGCGGCAGGAAGCCUCAUUAAGGAAAGCGUGCCUCGGUUUAAGAACGGUUUCGGUUUAAGAACAGACUUCCGGAAUGGAUUAAGUUCGUAAACCAAGGUACCACUGUGCUACAAGUCAGCACCCUUGACAGGUUUCCACCUGCUACCCAAAAUGAAUAACUCAGUUAUGAAUAUAACUCAAUGAAUAACUCAGUCUAACUCAGUUAUCACCCAGGUAAUUAUUAUCGUGCCUUAGAGAGCAGUUGUAUACCACCCUUCAUCUGCACAUCUCAGGGUGGUUCACAAGCUAAAAAUGCAAUAUAAAAGCACAAAAUACAUGACAAAAACAAGAACAGAAAACCCCAACCAAUAACCCCCCUCCCCUUCCACAAACACAUUUAAAAGGAGUAUAGGAUGUUAAAUCGACCCAAGGCCUUGUUGCAGAAGAACUUGGUGCCUAAAGGUGUAUAAUGAAGGCGUCAGCCAAAUCUCCCUGGUUCCUCAAUUCUGUUUGCCCAGCCAAUUUCUUGCUAGAAAAUCCACUUUGUGUUGCUGUUUGUCUUGAUUUAGUGCUAAAGAAUGGGUUUUUCUGGGGAAUGUGGUGAGGUAAAGGCAAAACCACUUGGAUCCUUGCCUGGAAAGCACAGGACAAGCAGAAAAUUGCUUGGACCCAUGCUUUCUAGGCACAGGAAAUGUGGGCAAGCCGUCCCUGUCUGAAACCCUGGAGAGCCACUGCUGCCAGCCAGUGUAGACAGUACUGCAGGGGUCGGCAAGAUUUAUCACACCUGGGCCGGUUCAUUCCAGCAGAGAUCCCUCCAUGGGCCAGCAUCUGUGUCUGCGCAGACGCAAUUUUCGACACUGCGGAAGCGAGUUUAGCGCAGCACGCGGAUACUCGCUGAGCGGGCGGCUCAGUUCGGGGGCUGCUCGGGGGCCAGUUAAACGACCUUCGGUGGCUGCUUGUGGCCCAUGGCCUUAGGUUGCCUACCCCUGCAGUACUGUAUAUGGCAGCCCCCUGUAUUUUUUAUGCUUCUAUAUUCUGUCUGUAAUCACAAAAUAUUUUAGGGUGGGUCACAAAAUUUAAAUGAAUAAAGAAAAUGCAAUUUAAAACCAAUUUACUUUUUAUGAUCCUACCCCCACUCUGCAAGCCAUUGUUUUAAGGAAGCUGGAGGGGCAUGACUUGGUUAGAACUGGGGGAAGUUGAAGGAUGGGGCUUUCGUUGCAUUAAGGGUGCCCUCCCUUUGUUCACCUGCCCUAAUUUGAGCACUAGGCUUGGGGGAUCUUUGUGACAGAUCCUCCUUCAGAUACUUCCCCCAGCCCCAAAUCCCUUCCUUUCCCUUGCUUGUGUGCAGCAUUUUGUUGGCCUAAAAUAUCCCCAGAGGUGUACACGUAACAGCUUCUGUCUCUUUCCCACAGCAACCUGGAAGGCUUCCUGGAGGAGUUUGCUGACAUCUCCAAGGAGGACCAAAUAAAAAAACUCCAUGACCUCCUGGGACCCCAUAUGUUGCGCCGCCUCAAGGCUGACGUCUUCAAGAACAUGCCGGCCAAGACAGAACUCAUUGUCCGGGUGGAGCUCAGCCCCAUGCAGAAGUAUGGGCAGGAUUGGGGGAGGAGAGGCAGUAUGGGGGACUCUCCUUUCCAUGCAGAGUGCCAGGGUGGUGGCAGAUAUAUGACCUGGACUCUAGUGGGGUGGGGGCACCGUGGUAUGGAUUUACAAGUGGCAGUGAUGGCUCUUGGAUCAGGGAGGAGAGACCCAGUGAAACAGAAUUUGGGGGAGCGGGAGCUGGUCUGGUCAGGAUGGAGGAGAGUCAAGGUCCUUAGGUUCUCUGCAAGAAUAGUUACAUCCGGGGGGGGCGGGGGUUUGCAGUAGACCAAAGCAUGCCAGAGCCCAAGACUCUGGUCUCCUUUCCUGCAGAUUGUUGGGAGGGCGAAUGGGAAAAGACAACUCAUUGAACGUUAAAUGUACUGUAUUUCUCUCCCUCCCUUUUUGGUAAAAAUCUGGCAGAUACUUCUGUACGUGGAGGGGUCAGAGAGUCUCUCUCAUGCUACUCUUUUUCUCCUCCUGCUGUUCCCAUUCUUCUCUCGCCCCCCCCCCCGCCCAAUCAGGAAAUACUAUAAAUAUAUCUUGACCCGCAACUUUGAAGCUUUGAACUCCCGUGGUGGCGGUAACCAGGUGUCCUUGCUCAACAUAAUGAUGGACCUGAAGAAAUGCUGCAACCACCCCUACCUCUUCCCUGUUGCUGCGAUGGUAUGUCUUGCAUUGCCCAGCCGGCUGGCAGGGGCCUGUGCAGGGCCAGGGCAGCUCUCUCCAGCUGGAAGGAGUGGGCUCAUGUUGUGGAGCAGGGAUAGGUUGCCUUUGGCAGGCAAACUGGCCCACCUCCUCAGUUUGCCUCUGGCCUUUGCCCAAUCCCCUGACAGUAAAGAAUAGACCCAGCCAGAUGAAACCACCUGCUUGAAUGGCGACGGCUAUGCUUUGUCUUGGCAGGAAUCCCCCAAGUUGCCAAGUGGUGCCUAUGAAGGGGGUGCUCUCAUCAAGGCCUCUGGGAAACUGAUGCUGUUGCAGAAGAUGUUGCGGAAGCUAAAAGAGCAGGGCCACCGGGUGCUCAUCUUCUCCCAGGUGAGAGUGGUUGGGGGGAUAUAUGGGGCCUUGAGCACCUGGAUGCUGGCUGUGUACAGUGUUGAGGAGGACGGGAUGAAGAAGAAAAAGAUGUGAACAACUUGUUGUGUGUUUUCUAUGGUUACAGCAUGCAAAUAAUGUAAUUUCAUGACAUAAAUUUUUCCUAAACGUUAUGAAAGUGUUGGGAUGCUGUUUUCUGUGGCAUCAUCUGUUCAGUAAGAACAAAUUAGUCUCAAGUGCAGGCAUGCAGUGUACAGCAAGAAUGCUAUUGAUGAAUGCGAAGGCACUAUCAAUCUCAUUUAGGAAUAUGAAUGCCCAGAGGUAAAAAUGGGUUUUCCUCAUUUUUCCAAGGUCUUCCUCCCUUCCCCCUCUUAUUUUUUUUUACAGUGGAAAUUGGAAAGAAAAAGAAAACCCUCCAAUGAACUAUUAUCUCUUUUAGGAUAUUGCUCUUUAAGUCAGGGUUUUAAAAUAUUAUUUUAGCUGUACAGUACUCUCUCAAAAUUGUUUCCAGUAACUUUGUACAGUAAUAUACAGCAUUAGGAAAUUGCAGUCUCUGUGUAUACAGUAGCUAUGAACAACUCAAUUUCAAUUCUGUUAGGCUAAAGAAAGGCAUAGAAAUAAGAAGAAGUUUACUGUUGUUUCUUGGGCUAUGGAGGAGAAUUUUUAGCAUUAUUUCUUCUUUUUUCUUGAUCUUGUUUAUUGUGGAGAAUGUUUGUAAGCCCAAACAAUUUUGCUUUCCACAGUGUUAGUGGUUUCUGCAUCCCCCCCCCCCCCCUGUUUCCCCAACUGAGAAUUUCCAGAAGUACUAGAUCUCUCGUCUCAUUUAUGGGUAUCUUUUCCAGAUGACAAAAAUGCUGGACCUACUUGAGGAUUUCCUUGACUAUGAAGGGUACAAGUAUGAACGGAUUGAUGGGGGCAUUACAGGGGCCCUGCGGCAAGAGGCAAUUGAUAGAUUUAACGGCAAGUAUGAAAGUUGAAGUAUGAAAGGGACGCAUGUGGUGCUGUGGUCUAAACCACGGAGCCCAGGGCUUGCCGACCGAAUGGUCGGCAGUGCGAAUCCCCACGACGGGGUGAGCUCCCGUUGCCUGGUCCCUGCUCCUGUCAACCUAGCAGUUCAAACGCACAUCAAAGUGCAAGUAGAUAAAUAGGUACCACUCUGGUGGGAAGGUAAAUGGCAUUUCCGUGUGCUGCUCUGGUUCGCCAGAAGCGGCUUAGUCAUGCUGGCCACAUGACCCGGAAGCUGUACGCCGGCUCCCUUGGCCAAUAAAGCGAGAUGAGUGCCGCAACCCCAGAGUCAGCCAUGACUGGACCUAAUGGUCAGGGGUCACUUUACCUUUACCUGUGAAGGUUGUGAGCCUGAUGUGUGAGGGUAGAAGGUGGGGCUUGGCCUUUAUAUAUCAUUACAGUACCGUGACCUCAAUUGUCUAUAGAAAGGAGCCUGCCAAGGAUCUCCUUCAGGUUGAGGCUCUCUCUGGAUUGGGACUAGAAUGGGUUGUAAGAAUCCAUCUACAUGCCACAAGAAGAACCCCACUAGAUCAGACCAAAGGUAUAUCUAUUUGAGGAUCCUGUCUCCCAUAGUGGUCAGCCAGCUGCUGAUGGGGAACCUACAAGCUGGGCAUGAGGGUCAGUUGCAACGGUCUUGUCAUGGUUGAGAAGUCAGUGCCAGAAUCGGCAUCCAAAACUUCAGCCUUUGUCAGCUGACAGAGGAUAGGAGUUGCAGGUGUGCCAGUAGGCCAGAGCAACACUAUAGGGAAUGUCCAGUAGAAGGAACAAAAAAUCCUGAAACAGCGACUCCUCUUCAGCUGUCUCUUGCUUCGUCACGAGACAGAACAGGGAUGUAGUCUGCUAAUCCAGACUAGAUUGCAAAAGUUGGCUGUAUGUUUUCUGCCUUUCCUGGGCAGCUGAAGGAUCCAGCUCCUCAGUAAUAGAUGCCUUGUUUACCCCACACCAGAAAGGACAUUCAUGGUGAAUCAUAGAAUUGGAAGGGACCCCCAAAGGUCAUCUGGUCCAACCCCCUGCAAUGAAGGAAUCCAAACUAAAGCAUCCAUGGCAGAUGGCUAUCCAACCUCUGCUUAAAAACCUCCAAGGAUGGAGGGUCCACAACCUCCUGAGGGAGUACAUUCCACUGUCAAACAGCUCUAACUGUCAGAAAGUUAUUCUUGAUGUUUCGUUGGAAUCUCUUGUAACUUGAAGGUUAAGCAUGGUGUUUUUGCAUAGCUUGGAGCAGGCAGCCAUAAUUUUUACUCUGGAGUAGUGACAUGAUAUACUUGGGAAUCUGCUCCCAAGCAUGAAAUACCUAAGCCUGACUUCUGAGUUCAACUUUGUGUUCUGAAUUUUGAGUCCAGUUCAUAUGUCUUACCUCCUGAUUCACUCACUGAGGUCUUCAUUCUUUUUCAGCCCCGGGAGCUCAGCAGUUCUGCUUCCUGCUCUCCACGCGGGCAGGUGGUUUGGGCAUCAACUUGGCCACAGCAGACACGGUGAUCAUCUUUGAUUCAGACUGGAACCCUCACAAUGAUAUUCAGGUAGGCCCUUCUGCUCCCCUGAUCACGCGGGCCCCCCUCCUCCUUAUGGACUUCUGCUUUUAAGGAGGUGGCUGGUGCUGUGAUGUUUUUAUUGUAAUGCUCUGCAUGUUUUAAUAAACUAUAUAUACACUGUGUAUGUGUAUAUAUUAUGUUUAUUUUUAUAAUUGCUUUUUUCUAUGUUUCUAGAUGUUUCUAAGCAUCUAAAACAUCAGGGGGAAAGGUGGGAUAUAAAAAUAAUAAUAAUUCUGUAGAUCCACCGGAGGUUGCACAUAAGAACCACUUUGAGGGUGUGGUUGUUGUUUUUUACAAUCAAUAUAUUAAUUUUAUGAAGUAAAUAAUAAAAUAAAAAAAACCUUUCUGGAUCAGACCAAAGGCUGAUUUUAUCUAUCAUCCCUUUUUCACCCAUUAGCCAACCAGCGGUCAACGGGUUAUAGACAUUCCCACAAUCCAACUAUACAAGCAAAAUCCUCAGCAUCCCAAGAAGCUUACUUUUCAUUAACACAGAGAUAAUUUUUAGUCAAAGCUAUUUUCUGGCCACAAAGAUAAGCUUGGUCAUGUACCAGCAACGCCUGCUAAAAUUUCUAGGCUAGAGUGAGGCUAAUUUCAGCACUCCCACCCAAGGCAUGGACAAAUGGAAUGAAUAAUGCAAAAUCAGCAAAUGCAAGGAAAGUAGUUUUCAUCUACUUUAUUCAGGUACCAAAUUAGGCAUUUUGAGAUAACAGCAUGAGAGAGGCCUGUAUUGCAGUUGACCCUGAGCCCUUGGAACAGAGUGGAUAAUUAAACCUUAGCAUGGUAUUUGCCAAGUGAUGAUGGUUCUUACUCAUCUGACAAACCCGCCAAACAUUUUUUGGUUUUGGGUCUGUGUUUCCUGGAGUGUGAGAUGUAGAGGUGACCCUCCCCUCCCUCAUGCAGACACAGAGCAAUCCCUCAGCAAAGGGGGGCUGUGGCCGGGUGCAUUGGGGAGCCCAAGCUAUGGCUUCUACCAAGCUGGCCCACAGUUACAGACCUAUGUGCUCACAGAGUGAAGACAAGGGAAGAAAAUCUGAUGGCAAAUGUGGAGCAAUGAGUUUUCCAACAGGCCUCUUUCAUGUACAGGGUGUUUGGGUUAAUUCUCUCUAUUCCCCUUUCUCUGCGUUUCCUCCCUUCCCUGCCUUCUCAUGGUUUGGGUGCUAUUGCAGGCUGCUUCUAGAACCAAAGUCACUAGAGUUCUCUGACAUCAUUGCAGAUCAGCCAAUGGCUAGGGACAAGUAUACAGAUGGGCAGCAGCCUGCUUUAUCCUAAAAUAUCUUCAGAUGUUACCAUUGCUGCAAAGCAGGUCCCGUUCUUUCCCUCCCUCCCUAUGGUUCCUAUUGGUUCCUAAGGUGAGAAACCCAAAUCAGGACUUAAGGGCCAUAAUCCUCCCCAAGCCAUUUCAUCAUUACCUGACUUUCUCGGGUUGUUUUUCACCCCCCAUUUUGCAGGCCUUCAGCAGAGCUCAUCGCAUUGGCCAGGCCAACAAGGUGAUGAUCUAUCGCUUUGUGACACGGGCCUCUGUGGAGGAGCGUAUUACGCAGGUGGCCAAGCGGAAGAUGAUGCUGACUCACCUGGUUGUCCGCCCAGGCCUGGGCUCCAAGUCGGGCAGCAUGUCCAAGCAGGAGCUGGAUGACAUCCUCAAGUUUGGCACUGAGGAGCUCUUCAAGGACGAAAACGAGGGUGAGAGGAUCGCUGCUGUGGGUGAUGCAUCAAGAGGCAGGCAGUUGUUUGCAGUGUCCAAGGGUUGUCCCAAGUAGAGUUAAUUGCAGUAGUCUAGCCUCAUAUAUAUUAGGAGAGGAAUAACUGUUGCACAUUGGGAAGCUGAACAAAGGAAGCUAUAUUCUUUUAAUCAGACAGAGCUGCUGAGCAGUAUGCUUGGCCUCUUCUGCCACCUGGGCUGCCAGGUGCACCAUAGCAUGUUGCUAUGUUGAAUGAUGCAGGUAUCUCUUGCUGCAGCCAUUACAGUGUAAAGUGUACUGUGCAGAAUCAGGGUUUGGGCUGAAGGUGAAAUCCAUCGAUCAUAAAUUGCAGCAUCCUUUGCGGUGAAACUGGCAGCAGUCUCCCAGGUCUCAGCCUCAGUCUCCUACCCCUUGCCCCCUUUUCUUCUCCUCGCCUCGCUACAGGAGAGAACAAAGAGGAGGACAGCAGUGUCAUCCACUAUGACAACGAAGCCAUUGCACGGCUGUUGGACCGUAACCAGGAUGCCACCGAUGAUGCGGACGUCCAAAACAUGAACGAGUACCUCAGCUCCUUCAAAGUGGCUCAGUACGUGGUUCGGGAGGAGGACAAGGUCAGUCGGACAAGGCAGCUGUGAGAUCAUGGCUGAUGAUUCAAUAGGCAGCAAGGCUGUGCUCCAGGGCUUCAGAUGAGAGCCUGAAGCCAUGGAGCAAUGGGUGCAGAGUGUGCGGCUCCACCAGGUCGCUUGCAAAGGGUGACUGUUUUUGUGCUAGCGUGUGCAUCCCAGUGACUCCGACCUUCUCUUUACUGCCUCAGAUUGAGGAGAUUGAGCGGGAGAUCAUCAAACAAGAGGAGAAUGUGGACCCUGACUACUGGGAGAAGCUGUUGCGGCACCAUUACGAGCAGCAGCAGGAGGACUUGGCUCGCAACCUAGGAAAAGGGAAGCGUGUGCGCAAACAGGUCAACUACAAUGAUGCAGCCCAAGAGGACCAAGGUCAGCAUUUCGGGGUCCCCUUGAGAGGAUAGGAGUGGCCACCUGGCACUCUCAGGGCUACUGAACCUAUCUCCGAACAAAAUGGCCCCAGAUUUUAGGGACCCUAUCCUGACCUCCCCCCCCAACAUUCUCUUGUAAUUUGAAACCUGCAAAUGCGGCGGGGGGGGGGAGUGAUUUUAUGCAUGCUUGGAGUGGCUAGACCUCAGGAAGUAUUCCUGAUGGAGGUUGUGGGGGGAACAGAGCCAGAACUGCAUCUUCUUUGCGUUGUGUAAGGUUUUACCAGAUUCCAUCUGCUGAAAGUGCGUGAGGACUGUGGUUUUUUUUGGGCAAGACAUGGAGGUAGGACUGCUUCUCCCAUCAUGCAGUGGAAGGAAAUCUAGACUAACAUGCCCCCCUGAAAACCAACCUGGUCAUAUAUUUGGUCACUGGUGUCUUAAGCAAUUUUCAGCUUUCAAAAAAGGGGGUUGGUGGUUGUGUUCCAGCAACCUCUCCAGCACUUUGCAUGGAAGUGAUCGUCUGGUGAUGUGGGGUUUAUGGGAGGGGGCAAGAAGCACUGAAAAAGCAAGAGCCUUGUACUGCUUGCAAACUGGCCUGAUGCUGUUUCAGACAAUCAGUCCGAGUACUCAGUGGGCUCUGAAGAGGAGGACGAAGACUUUGACGAAAGGCCAGAAGGUGAGGGCUUGUUUUUCCUUCCUCUCCUGCAUGUGGUGUGCCCUGAAAGGAGCCUGAAGAUUGUGUAAUAGUCCAACUCUCGGCCCAGGGGAGGGAUCCUCCCUCUUUCCAUGCUCAAUCCACAGCUUGUGAGCUCCUGCCAAGCAAAGAGAGGGAACAAAUCUAUAUGGCUGGUUGGGAACAGAGGUUUGCUCUUGUGCAGCAUUCCAUCAGGGCUGUGAACUGUGUGUACACGCGCGUUUUUGUGUUACUGAUUCUUGACCUACGCUGCCUUGUAUUGCACCUAACAAACCCCGUGGGACUUGCUCUUUCCUGGUGGCCUGCCUUCCUCUGUGUGAUGGGAGGUUGCUUUCUAUCACGGCAGCCUGCUGCACAUGUCUUUCUGGGAUCUCAGCCAGCCAGCCCUCCCUCCCUAUUGGCAUGCCAGGAGGAGGGCUGCGUUCUCUUCCUGGCUUUCCCGGGCCAAAUGAGUGUGUGGCCUUGGGCAGGCCAGCACAAGGGACUUUGGUGGGACCUGCUCCAUGUCCUGCCUGCCAAGCCAGGCGAGGCUUUCUGGGCACCCGGCCAUGCCUCGGCAAUACUAGAGCAGUGGAGGGAUGUGAUCGUAAGCCUCUGUCUCUCGCUCUGCGUGCCAAGGUCGCCGACAGUCCAGACGGCAGCUCCGGAACGAGAAGGACAAGCCUCUCCCCCCGCUUCUGGCACGAGUUGGUGGGAACAUUGAGGUGAGAGGACGGCUUUUGAGUGGUGGGCGGGGAAACAUGGAUGGGACAGGUCCACUUCCCCAACAACCAUUUGAACUGUGGAGUAGGAAAAAAGUAUGGGUUGGACUACUGGACGAUCUUGUUUCUGUAGGCAGAUGUCAGGGAAGAGGAAGUUUGUCUGUGGGAAAGGGGGACUGGAAAAGGAGCAGUGCUUUGGCAUUAUUUAUUUUUUAUUUCAUUAAAUUUAUUCACUGCUUGAUUGUAAAAAAAGCAAGCAAACAUCAAAGCGGUUUACAAAAUCUAUGUGUUGUGGUACAGCUUGAGUGGUGGGCAAUUUGGCAACAGUUACGCUCUGUGGGCAAGUGGCUAGUUUCCUAGGUUUCCUAGAAGUUAGGGGGACCCUAGCAGUAGCCAUAUUAGUGACGCUUUGGGGAUGACCCUGGCUUUUGUGCCACCUUCCUUCAGGUGCUCGGGUUCAACACCCGCCAGCGAAAGGCCUUCCUGAAUGCCGUCAUGCGCUGGGGCAUGCCUCCACAAGAUGCCUUCACCUCCCAGUGGCUGGUCCGGGACCUGCGGGGCAAGACGGAGAAAGAAUUUAAGUAGGUGUCUUGUGUGAGAUUUGCGUCCUGCGACAUUCCACUUCCCAGGGGGAAGAAGGGUUCAUCCUGCCUCCUGAUUAACAAGUUUUGAGGAUCCUCCUGCAAAGCAGCUAUAACCAGGGUUGUCUAAACGUCACAGUCCUACUAUACAAGCACAAACACACAGCAUCUCAAGAAACUUAUUUUCAUUAAAAGAAAAAGAAAGAAAACAGACUCUUUCUAGACAUUCUGGCCCCAAAGAUAAGCUUGGCUGCAUACCAGCAAUGUCUGCUAAAACCUCCAGCGCUCGAGGGAGGCUCAUCUUCAGCACUCCCCCUGCUAGUAUGAACAACUGGAACAUAUCAUACAAAAUAAGCAAAUGCAAGGAAAGCAGUUUUCAGUCUAAUUUGUUCAAGUGCCAGAUUUGGCAUUUUCAGGUGUAGCAUGACAUAUAGCCUGUACUGACCCUGUACCCUUGGAACAGGGUGGAAAGAUUAGCCCUAGGACUCUAUUUGCCAAGUGAUGAUGGUUCUUACUCAUCUGACAAACCCUCCAAACAUUUUUUGGGUCUGUGUUUCCUGGAGUGUGAGGUGUAGAGGUGACCCUCCCCUCCCUCAUGCAGACCCAGAGCAGUCCCUCAGCAAAGGGGGGCUGUGCCCGGGUGCACUGGGGAACCCAAGCUCUGGCAUCUACCAAGCUGGCCCACAGUUACAGAGCUAUGUGCGCACAGAGUGAAGACAAGGGAAGAAAAUCUGACGGCAAAUGUGUGGGUCUUUGUCAUAGGUGGGGUGUUUGGGUUCAGGUCCACGUUCAGUAUUUCUAUUCCUUUCCGUUUCCUCCUUUUCCUCCCAUCUCAUGGUUUGGGUGCUAUUGCUUCUGGAAACAAAGGCACUGUGACAUCACUGCAAUCUAGCCACUGGUUAGGAGCUGGCUUUUGCAGAUGGACAGCAGCCUAUUUCAAAAGAUGUUAAGGUGCCAUCCACUGCCGCAAAGCAGGCUCCUCCUGCUUUAAACCCAAAUAAUUCUGUUCACAGCAGCUCACCAAAUGCAGAGGAUAAGAGGAAACCAGCUCAAUCGGAUCAAAGGUCCAUAUAGUCCAGCACCCCCCCCCCACAGUUGCCAGCCAGUUGCCCCAAGCGGGGGAAGUCUACAAGCAGGACAUGAGUGCAGUCACUCUCUCCUGCCCAGGAUCGCCAGCAAUGAGUAUUGAGAGGCAGGCUGACUCUGAUCCAGGAAGAAGCAUACAGCUAUUGAUAACUGCCUUUAAAGUUGUCCAAAUUGGCAGCCAUUGGCACAUUUUGUUUCUAUAGGCACUGUGUGAAGGACUCGCCUUCCAUUCAUUUUCACUGGAUAAUCCCACUGAUUAUGGGAGUGAAGCAAAAAUGCUUCUCCAUACAUUGCAUAAUUUCAUACAAAUUUAUCACCCUCUACUUGCUUUUUUCCUAAACUAAAAAGCCCCAGAUGUUUGUAGAACCAUAGAAUGGGAGCACAAGUGUCAUCGUCCAACACCCUGCCUAUCACAGCUAAAAAAAUCUAUUUCAGAUGGCCUUCUAACCUCCAUUUUAAAAUUUCCAAUAAGGAGACUCCAGCACCUUCCCUGGUAUUCCAGUCCACUGCCAAACAGCUCCUACUGUCAGAAAGUUCUUCUUAAUAUUCAGUCAGGAUAUCCUUUCUCAUUUAAAUCCAUGGUUUGGGUCCUACCCUCCGCAGCAGCAGAAGGCAAGUUUGCUCCAUCUUCCAUGUGACACCACUUCAGAUAUUUGUUUUAUCUGUUGUAACCUUUCUUCAUAGGGGAGUUGCUCUGUCCCCUGAGCAUCCAUGGGGAAAUGUAUCAGGAUCUUAACUUUGGUGCUCCCCCCCCCCCUUGCAUAAAUUCUCAUUCAGCCUGUUGGAUUUUAUAUUUCUUCAGGGCAUACGUCUCACUAUUCAUGAGACACCUCUGCGAGCCUGGGGCUGACGGUUCUGAGACUUUUGCCGAUGGGGUGCCCAGGGAAGGUCUCUCGAGGCAGCAGGUCCUGACACGGAUAGGUGUCAUGUCUCUGGUGAAGAAAAAGGUAGGGAAUCUGACCAUCAGGGUAGGAAAGGCAGUGGGUGGGUAAAGGGAAAUCAUCCAGUUCCCUUAAGAAAUUAUUAUGCGUGGGUUUGAGCAUGGCUUCUUUCCUCUAAAGGAAAAGGAAGUGUUCUUGAGUAUCUUGGUUUUCUUGUUCACCAUUAACCAGGUAAAUUCCAACUCCCUCUUCUUCUUCUUGCUUUAAAUAACAAGCCAAUAUUUUACCCAUCCUCUCUCCACAAUCCCCAUAGCUCUGGUGCAAAUAAGCCAGUGCAAAUUCAGCUCUAGCAUAAUAUAGUUAAUAUUAUGUGCAUUGCAACCUUCAGUUUGAAGAACAGGAUGCUUAAAAGACAAUUCACUAUUUUCUCCAAAUUCUCUUCUUGGGAAAUUCUAGUCUGUCUCCUGUAAGAAGCAUAUGCUAUUAUUACUCAAAUAUAGACUUCCCAUUCAAUAGCCUGGGAAGAAGUAGUGCCCUUAUUAUUUUCAAAGUAUUCCUGGAAUUCAGCAUCUCUUUGAAUUUUAAAAUUCUCAUCAUACAAAAGUGAGAUACUUAAAUGCCAUGAGACCGAACCACAACUUUUGUCUGCUUUGAGGCUAUUAGCAUGAUUUUUUAAAGGGAAUGAAUGGGAAUGCCAGUAUUUUGUUGUGGGAUUUUUCUGUUUCAGAACAGCUUGACUGCAGAAUCUCUUCUAUGAGAGCCUGACUGAGUCCAUGGGAUCCUCCCCCCUUCCUCAAUAUUUCUACUGUUGGGCUUGUUCUUGCGGCCCUUAUCUAACACAGCGAAAAUGUGUUUGCUCACAGUGGGCUGCAUAUCUUUUUGUAUGGCAGGUGCAAGAGUUUGAACACAUUAAUGGUCGCUGGAGCAUGCCUGAAUUGAUGCCUGACCCCAGCGCUGACUCCAAAAAGUCAUCCCGAGCUUCAUCUCCCACAAUCAAAACCUCCACCACCACCCCAGACCCCAGCUGCACCAAUACCCCCUGCACCUCCAAGCCAGGUAUGCCCCCUGGAGCAAUGGGAAACACUGAGCAUCUCUUGGUGGGAGGAAUGCCAAAUCACUUCCAACCAAAAGGCCAGAGACCCUCCUAAUGGGUUCAGAAUCUGGCCAAUAGGUGAAGGUAUUUUCCUUCAUGUUGCUAGUCUCUUAGGAUUUCUAUCCUGCCAUAUCUCUGAGCAUUGGGGCUGGCUACAUUUACUAUUCAUUCCAAAUAGAUAUCACUCUCAAAAGAGCUUAGAAUUUUGCCCCAGGGUCUAAGACAAAGUCGCUUUACAUUGAUACCGGUGUUAAUGAAACCAGAUUCAGUUUAAGGAGGUGGCUGUAUUAAUGCUAGCAUACAUUAGAUAAAAACUUGGUUUGUUAAAAUGAUAAGCAUCAUGUAGAUUUGAAUGGCUGCAGUUUAUCUUGGCUUUGGAUUGGUCCUAAGGUCUACAGGAUUAUAGUGCAAAAGUGUUUUUGAAGGAGAGGAUGACUGUUACCUUGGUGUCCAUCCCACCAGCUACCCCGGCUCCCAGUGACAAAGGAGAUGGGGCAACCCUGGCAGAGAAGGAGGACCCAGAAGCCAAAGAUGAGAAGCCGGAGAAAGAAGCCAAGGGUGGCGAGAAAAUGGAGGUUGAGGUUUGUGUUUGUGCAAGGGAGGGGUUCUUUCAGGUGGUCCUCCAAGCAAUAGAGCUGCCUGGUUUGGUGUACCUUGUGGGGGGAGAUAUUUUGGGAAUGCUUUCAAAAGCAGAGCUCCUGGGGAAAUUACCAGGAUUAUUGGCGCUGAAGGCAACAACCAACGUUCUGUGGAUGUGCCCUGUUCUCUUCUUCCCACUAAUUUUGAAAUUAAAAGCUUCCGGCCUUUAGAAACAACAGCUUGAGGAUUCCACUGUUAAGCAGUAGCUCCAGUUGCAGACAGUGAAACUUCAACCACAAAAUCCCCUUUAGUAGCGCUACAUCAUCUCUAAUUCACUUCCCUGCUGUGUGGAAUUCCUAGCAAUGUAUCACUUGCUCAAAGGGUGGUGGAAAAUGGUUGUUAUUUUGCAUUUCUCAGCCUUCAGCCCCCGAGCAGCCCACUUCUGCCACCUUCUCAGGGGAAAAAGCGGAAAUGGAGUCGUCCAAGAAGCCUGAUCAGGAGGGAUUGGUAGCACUUGGGGAGAAGGAGACAGAAGCCGAGCCCGCAGUCAAGGAAGAGAAAGAGAAAUUGGGUAAAGAUUUAUAAGGAUGGGGAUGGAGGGGGAAUGGUUCUAGAUCUGAGCACUGAAGACUGUCCUUCUUUGGGAACGUGGGGAAAAUGCAUUUGAGUAAUAAAAGGAAGGUGCAAAUGUGCCUCAAGAAUCCUCACCUGCUCUUUACUGUCAAGGAAUGUGGACCUGAGAAGAGCUUGUCAUCAGUGGGAGUUCUAGCCAAACUUCCACCUUGCUUGUAUCUUCUCUGGAUGGUGUGUGGUGGUGUUGUGGAGGUAGUGCCCAUGGUUCUAUGGGACGCCCCCCCCCCCCCCGUGUCAUGAUAAGCAACCAAUGUUCCAUUUUCAAAGAGGGCAGGAAGCUUUGGCUGUUCCUUUUGGGGGGAAAUGGUAACAGAUUAUAGUGAAGAUCCUACACAGCACUGUAUGACAUCAGAUACUCCAAGUGACACCCCCAUACCUCACAUUUCCCCUGCACUUUCCAAAGUUCCAGAUGCUGAUCCCGAAAAACUCAUGGCAGAUGAGAAACCCACAGAGAGUGAUGAGAGUAAGGAAAAGGCUGAGGGAGAGGCACAGGAAGUGAAAAAAGGUAACAUGGGCUUUAUGAGGCAGAAUUGUAGAGGGAUUAACCCAUAUGUGGUCGCAGGGCUUGAACUAAAGCCCUUUGCAACCUAGAGCUGAAUCUGUGUCACCAUUCGGGGGUUAGGCAAGUUGGGGGGAAAUGAGCAGUUUAGGACUCUCACUGGGAAGGGGUCAUGUGAUACUUUCCAGUUUUUAACGCCCCCUCCCCACAUUUUGCCUUGCCCUGGUUGCUGGGAAUGGCCCGAUGGCAGGAUUUGAAGGUCCAGUCUGGGAAAGGACAAAGACCACCAGUCUCUGAUCCCCCUUCCCACUCCAGAAAUUGGCUGACAUGUGCAGGGUGACUCCACAUGGCCUUGAGGGAGGGAGGCAAGCCUUAGAUUUGAGGGUGUGGCUUAUGUAGAAUUUUGCCAACCCCCUCCAGCGGGGAAGCCUGUGGGGAGGGACACAGAAGCUACAGGAGGGAGAUGGAGAAUUCAGGGCUUGGUGGCCUCUUUCAUCUCCCUGUUCUUACCCUCCCUCUUACAAGAAGAGGCAAAAGCCGAGAGGGAGCCUGGAAAAGAGCCCAAAGCUAGCAGCAUCAAAGAUGAAAACCGGAACAAUGGCAAGAAGGAGGAGAAGACUGAGAAGCCCCGAUUCAUGUUCAACAUAGCCGACGGUGGCUUCACGGGUAUGUUGUGGCUUCGGGUGCAGACCCACAAUGUGAGGAGCCUGUGCUGGGAUAGAGAGUGACCUGGCAAGUGUGUGUGUGUGUAGGUGUGUAGAGAGUGGCCCUCUCCCUUGUUUGGGCCAACUAGGGAAAGACGCUCUCUCCCUUAAGUGGAUAAUGUGUGAACUAGGUCACUUAGUGUGGAAGUAACUUGUACUGUUUGGGUGCCAGCUGGGUCACCUUGUGAAGAGAAACAGUGCAUUUAAUUUUGCCAGGAGUUCAUCGAGAGUAGCACUGACUGUGGACAUCUCUCCCCCCCCCCCCCCUCUUUCUUCAGAGCUCCACACCCUGUGGCAGAACGAGGAGCGAGCCGCCAUCUCCUCCAGUAAGCUUAAUGAGAUCUGGCACCGCCGACAUGACUACUGGCUACUGGCGGGCAUUGUUCUGUAUCCUUUGACCCAGGAGAGCAGUAUGUGUGUGUGUGUGUGUGUGUGUGUGUGUGUGCUGAUUCAUGGCAAGCAAGGAGAGCCAAGCUCACCUCCUGGAAACCCCUACUUGAGCUCUUCCUCAGCGAAAGGUGUAGCCCUUGGCGAGAGAUGUGACACUACAGAGAGGCGAGUAACAGAAAUAUAGGAUUAGUGCCUAACCUGGGAGUGGGCUUGGUUAUGGCACUCUCCUCCAAUAUCGGUCACUGGCUGAUUCAAAGGGAGAUUUGGCACCUUCUGAACAGCUGUCUAGAGCAGGGAAAAGACCCAGCGACUGUUCUCUGUGCUAGGCAUGUCCGCUGCUGGCGUUCUGUAUAGCAAACAUGACUUCAGUGUUUCCCCCUCUUGAAUGCUGCUGACCGUGGAGAAAAAGCGUCCUAGCAUGGGAGAAGAGCCCAGCAGCUGCUCAGGGGCUGCCCUGCUGCUCCUGGAGGAUUAUCCAACCAUUGCCUGGCAGGGACUAGGACCCAGCAUCUUCUCCUUCUAGCCUUGAAAGGAAACGUUCCAUAGGCAGUCAUCUGCCCAAAAGGUUUUCUCCUAAUCAUGUCCUGUGAUCCCAAGCAUCUUUGCCCAGCAGGGCUCAAUGGGACUUCUUCCCCAGGUGUCUUUUAAUAUUUCAUACCAAGUCUGCCACCUCCUCCAUUCCUUUAUUUCUGAGGGAAACAAAGGUUCAAACGCUUUUUCUUGCUGUUGUAUGCUUUUUUAUGUUUAUGGAGCUGUGUGUGUUGACAGGGAACAGCAGAUCCAGACUUUCUCUCAUAGCUUCAAGGCUGGGAAAGGCAUUUUAUGGCCUCUUGGUUCAGGGUAGAUAACCAUGCAGAACCAUAAGCUGUAGACUGUGACUUCAUGCCAGGCAGUUCCUUGUUCCCCUGCCUUGCUGGGAAGUGGCAGUGGGUUCCCUGUGGCCUGUCAAGAUUCCUUAAUGCCCCUGCACCUCUCUACAGUCACGGCUACGCUCGCUGGCAGGAUAUCCAGAAUGACAACCAGUUCGCCAUCAUCAAUGAGCCCUUUAAGACCGAAGCCAACAAGGGAAACUUUUUGGAGAUGAAGAACAAGUUCCUUGCCAGAAGAUUCAAGGUGUGGAUGAAUUGAUGGGACCAGACAAUAGAAUGAAGGGCUUGGGGCCAGUUGGCAGUCACAGAGCACGGCUACUUCAGGCACAGCAGUCUGUGUAAUUCAAAAGCUUGCUUUCAGCAUUUUGAAGCUAAAGUUGAAGCUGUGUUAACGUUGGCAGUGUAACCAGAGGUUGCCAAUCUGAGGACGACGACGAUGUCAGCGGCUUCUGAAAUAAACCAGGCGUAUAUCCAGACAAUUACAUAUUUCCACAAUCACAAAUGUAUUUUGGGGUGCAAAAUAAUCUCAGCUUUUAUAAACAGGUUUCUAGUCCUUAUGGUUAUGAAAAUAAGUUUGAAUCUAAUGCCUGGGGAGAACCUGAAAUCCUUAAAGUGGGGCAGUGGAGGUGUAAGCCUUUCAGGGGUACUUCAGUAUUCUGCAUAGUUUAAUUUCCCUCUUUGUGGCCUACAAGAGCCAGAAUUAACUGUAUUUGUUUAAACUAAUCAGUACUGAAGAAUCUGCAAAUUAUUGCCCAGUCCUGGUUUUGGUUACCUUGAGAGGAAAGCCACGUUGGGCCAAAUGGCAGUUUUUCAAAGCACCUCAUUUUCCAUCUCUCCAUUUCCUUCCUUCAGCUUCUGGAGCAAGCCCUGGUGAUUGAAGAGCAGCUGCGGAGAGCCGCCUACCUGAACAUGACUCAGGACCCCAGCCACCCGGCCAUGGCCCUCAACACCCGCUUUGCCGAGGUGGAGUGUUUGGCCGAGAGCCACCAGCACUUGUCCAAGGAAUCUCUGGCUGGCAACAAGCCUGCCAACGCCGUCCUGCACAAGGGUAAGAGGCGGGCGGGUAGGAGGGCCCGGAGAGGACAGUCCAUGUGAACCCCCUACACCCCGCCCCCCGCGCCUCUGUGCAGCGUCCUCCUUCUGUACCACAUUCUGAAUCCAUUAAAGUGCGGUUGUGAUCAGAAAAGCCGCUGUGUACAGUUGUCUCCUUGAUCCUGCUCUGUGUAUCUCUGGUGUAUCUGCUUUGGUCUAUCCAUGGAGUAUCCACAAAUAUCUUCUGAGUAUCUGCCAACAAUCCUUUGUGUGCUUGCUGGACAUCUGCAAAACAUCUUUUUAUCUUCUGAACAUUUCCCCUCUCCUCUCUGUCCCAAGCAUGAUUGCUGAGUAGUCCACUGAGUAUCUUUCGGUGUAGCAGUGGAAUUAUGCCCUCCAGACUAUCCUCUUACACAAUCAUAUUCAGUGCUUUUGAUGUAUCUUUUCUUUUUUUAAAGUCCCCAUAAAAUUCUCUUGAGUUUCACAUGGAGCACUUCUGAGAUACCUGGCUCCAUGCGCUUUUAAGUAUCACUUGUGUAUUUCUCCACCAAGUAUUCUGUGAGUAGCACUGGUUCACAUUUGUCCCCAUCCACGUGUCUCUUAAAUAUUUUGCUGUCUCUGGUGCAUUUCUCAAGUAUAUCUGGUUUGUUUUCCUGUGAGUUUCUCUGGUGUGUCCCCCACCCUCCCAAAUACUGUGUGAGCAUCCUUUGCAUUUAGUCUCCCAUCUUGGUGCAUUCAUUUCCCUCCAUCUGCUUGGGCUCAUCCGAGAGUCUCCAGUGCCUGGUAGCUAUCCUUUGGGAGAGUAUUUCCUCUGUGCUUGGUGAUGAACAAUCUGGCAAGUGGGCCAAAUCCCUUCUCUACGACGGGUGGGCAGAAAGAAUGGAUGGAUCUUCUAGCUCAUUUUAGGAGGGUCCAUGGAGUGAGUUUGGCUCAGGAGCAAAUCUCACGCCGCUUCCCCAGCCCCCAUGAACUUGGUGAAAUGCAGGAUAGGUUUGGCAAGGGGUUCUUGGGUUCCAGGAGAGGUCGACUGUUAACCUGGGCUCUGUCCCCCCUGACAGAUUUCGGUCUCUUUCUCCUUCUGUCUCCUCCUUUCUCUCUCCUACCAGUGCUGAACCAGCUUGAGGAGCUUCUCAGUGACAUGAAAGCGGACGUGACGCGCCUGCCAGCCACGCUCUCUCGCAUCCCUCCAAUUGCCGCCCGCCUCCAGAUGUCCGAACGCAGCAUCCUCAGCCGCUUGGCAAGCAAGGGGAACGAGACGCAGACUGCCCCGGUAACCGUCCGCUCCUUGCUCCACUCUCGUUUCCCUGACUGGCCAGUGAAGUGGGGUGGAGGGCAGCUCACAACAGGGCCUAGCAUGGUUUUGCUUCUAUUGGUGUGAAGGCAGCCUGGAACACAACUGAUAAAACAGGUUGUGAAACUUUUAAGACUUGGAGGGAUGGUCCUUCCAGACAGACAUAUUAUUACCACCUGUUCUCUUGUGGCAUUUCUCUGCAUUGUGGCUGGAGUUCAGUUGCCCUCUCCCUCUUCUUUUUUUCUUCUUCUCUUCUUACAGGCCUUCCCCCCUGGGCCCUAUGCCACUCCUCCAAGCUUUGGGGGCUCCUUUGGUGCCACCCCUGGCGGAACGCUGCCCACUAUGGGUGCCAACUACAGCCAAAUGCCAACUGGCUCCUUCAUCACAGGUUGGUUGUGGGUGACUGGGGAAAGAGCAGGCAAGGGCAAAUUGAAACUGCAUGUGGGAUCUCUGACCACAGUUCACCCACCCCCACUGUUGUGGGGCCAGCGGGGGGGCGGGAUUUUGUCUCCUUCCUGGACCAAAAUACAUCCUUAGAGCAACAAAUCAGAAUGAGCAUUUUUGAUAUUCUGGCAUUCCUGUCUUUGACAUGGGACCCUAGAUAGCAUUCUCUGAUCCAGUCACUAACCAGACUCAUACCUACUUAACAAUGAAACCCAUCGAGGAAUGAAGAUUCCUGGGUAGUCUGGGGGAAGAAAGGUCAUUAAAUGGGUGUUGAAGGAAGUCCAGCAAUUGUAGCUUCUCUCCUUGGGUCAAGGAUGUCAGAACGUGGAAGUUGAUGAGGGAUUUUCAUGGUUGGUUGUUUUUUUCAGUGCCCCUAAAAAUUCAGCAAAAUAUGUUUGGCAUUUUAUGAUUUUAUUAAAUUUCACCACCACCCUGCACAAUACCAUUUUGAGGCUUUGCCUCUUUUUCUCCUUUCUGAUGCUGAUGAUGGCUUUCUAAAAAGAUUAGAACAUGUGGGCGGGGAAAGAAGUAUGUUUUGUGGUUGCUAGCCAAAACAGCAGCUUCUGUGGUCAGAAGUGGGCUAUGUAAUGGUGGUGACUUAUAGCGGGGGAUGGCUCUCACCACCAGUAUGCCCUCCUCCUCUUGUUCCUUCUCAGUGGGCAGGAGGGAGCACCAAGCAAGAGUUGGGAGCUGCAUGUCUGAGUCGUUCCUCCAGCUAACCCUGCCUUUUUCUCUCUCUGCUUGUGCAACUGCAGCCAACGGUCCCCCUGUGAUUGUGAAGAAGGAAAAAGAAGGAGAGAGCCUGGAGAAGAAAGAGGCGAAAAGUGGGGAGGUGAUUUGCAUAGACGACUGAUGGGGCACCUGGGCUAACUUGCCUACCUGGUCGCUUCUGGACAGGUCCUGCCUCUGGCAGAAGGGAGGGGCACGUGGUUCCCCUCGAGCCUCUCCUCUUUUAUUUUCUGAUCACGUUGGUGGUUUUGCCUGGGCGGUGGGGAGGGUGGGUGAAUAAUGCCCACCUCAACCUCCUGUGUUAGAUUUAGAUGCUGUCUCCCAAGCACCUCCUCUCUCCCUUCUUGGGUGUGGGGAGGCAGGUCUCAAAACCAGCCAGGGAGAAAUGUUUGGGAGCCAGGGCCCAUCUGGGUUCUGUUCCUGGCCAGAGGCUUUUAAGUGGGCAGGAAAAGCAGGAAUUGGAAUUAGGCUCCCAGGGCUCCACCUUUGGAGUCUCCUGCUUGUGACAGGGGAGGGGGCUGCCUGCCUUGAGGCAUUAGCUCCAGGCAGUGCUGAACCUUUGAGAAGCACUGCAAAGUGACUCUAUAAAUAUGAAUAUAUAUAUAAUGUAUACACACUCAUCCUGUAUGUUUAACCCCCUUCCCACUUGUGCUUGGACCCCUUGCAGGGGCGAUAAUGGGGCAGUCUGGGGAGGGGGACACACUCCCUAGCCAUGUUCUGUUCUGAGAACGCAUAGUGUGGGGAGCAAACUCCACCACCAUCUCCCUGCAUCUGGAACUCUGGGGAAGCCAGAUCCCGAAGGUGCGCUCCUUCCAGGAGUGUCCCCUGCUUUGAGCGGGCGGGCAAGGGGGCUGCCUCUUUCCCCCUCCUUCCUGCCAGCCUCUUCCUUAGAAGCAAGUUGUUGGAGGAGGAGGGGGGCAGGGAGAAGGGGCAACAGGAGGGCCAGCUCUGCGCUCCUGGAUUUUGUUGCCGGAUCUCAAGUCACUUCUUGUUUAAAUCUUACAGAAUAAAGGCACUGUUUCCUUGGCUACAUCA